AUGCGAGGUCGCCUCCCUUCUUCCCAGCCAGAGGGAGAUCCUGGGGCUCCAGGUAUCCCCGUGGUGCCGCUUCGGGCAGACGCCCUUAUGGUGAGUACCCAUUUUUCCCCUCUCGAUCAUGUAAGGGUGGCAGGGAGGCUAGCCUUAUUCUACCAGGGGUGGACAGAUGUAACCUCAGAUGCUUGGGUUUUGCGAUGUGUAAAAGGUUAUCACCUGGAGUUCGUUUCUAUGCCUGUCCAGGUUCGCACCCCCAGAGAGUUGUCCCUCCCACAGGAUCAGGACGACAUGUUUACCAAGGAAGUAGAGGAGAUGCUCACGAAAGGUGCCAUAGAGGAAAUGACGUUGGCCUCUCCAGGCUUCACGAGCAAUCUUUUUCUGGUGCCAAAGAAAGGGGGCGGGGUUCGUCCUGUGAUAAAUCUUCGUCCCCUCAACGCAUUUCUCCGUUACCAACAUUUCCAGAUGGAGGGUAUACACUGCCUCAGAGACCUCCUUCGCCAAUCGGAUUGGUUGGCCAAGUUGGAUCUGAAGGACGCAUACUUUACAGUCCCCAUAGCGUUGAGCUGCAGGGAUUACCUCCACUUCACAUGGCACGGUCGACGCUGGCGCUUCACUUGCCUGCCGUUCGGCCUCUCGUCGGCCCCUUGGUGUUUCACCAAACUCAUGAAGCCGGUCAUGGCUUACCUUCGUACCCGUGGGGUGCGACUGAUCGUCUACCUGGACGACAUACUGAUCAUGUCCCAAUCCAGGGAAUCUCUGCUGUUACAUUUGGGUUGGACAAUCAACCUUCUCCAAAAUUUGGGUUUUCUGAUCAACUGGGACAAGUCGGUCAUGGUCCCUACCCAAUCUAUAGAAUUCUUAGGUUUCCAAGUGGACUCCAUCAGGCAAUUCCUGUACUUGCCGGAGUCCAAAGUGAAGGCCAUUCAGAAGGAGCUCCGAAGGGCUCUUCGGGUGCCGGAUAUGUCCGUCAGGCAACUAGCAAGGAUUAUCGGCCUUCUGGCGGCUUCGAUUCAGGCGAUCUUUCCGGGUCCGCUACACUAUCGUGCCCUCCAACGACUCAAGGGUUCACACCUGCGUUCGGGUCGCUCUUACGAGUCCCGGAUACGUCUGGACGACGAGUCCAGAGACGAGUUGGUAUGGUGGUUGGCACACAUGGAAGCCUGGAAUGGCCGGGCCAUCUUCGGUUCGGUCCCGGAUGUCGUGAUAGAAUCCGAUGCCAGCUUACACGGCUGGGGUGCUCGUUGUGGAAACGUUUCCACCGGAGGCAGAUGGUCCGACAUGGAGAGGUCCCUACACAUCAAUUGUCUAGAACUGCUGGCGGGGGCCUUCGCGAUACGCAGUCUGACCCCAGGCCGGGCAGACUGUUGCGUUCUCCUCAAGAUGGACAAUGUGUCGGCAGUCCGGUACAUAAAUCAUCUUGGGGGUACCAAGUCCAGAAUGUUGGCACUAUUGGCGAAGGAUUUCUGGCAAUUUUGUCUCCUCAACAACGUCUCGGUGCAGGCGGAACACAUUCUGGGCCUGGACAAUUCGGGUGCGGAUUGGAAUUCCAGGCACUUAAGAGACUCGGGAGAUUGGCACUUGCACGUUUCGGUUUUCCGAGGUCUGGACAGUCUCUGGGGACGCUUCGAGUUGGACCUGUUUGCUUCACGUCUGAACACUCAACUCCCGGCGUUUUACAGCUGGAGGCCAGACCCGGCAGCAGUAGCGACGGACGCCUUUCUCCAAGACUGGCCUCCGGGACGCCUGUAUGCCUUCCCACCGUUCAACAUGAUCGCUCGCACGAUAUCGAAGUUGGUCCGGCACGAUUGCUGCCUGGUACUGAUCACACCUCUUUGGAGGUCCCGUCCUUGGUUCCCACGCUUGAUGGAGUUGUCGAUAGACUACCCCAGACUGAUUCCGAGCUUCCAGGAUCUUCUCCUAGACCCGGAUGGGAACUCGCACGAGCUGGUGCUCCGACAUCAGCUACCUCUGAUAGCGUGGCUCCUUUCAGGGGUACCUGGGUUGUCCCGAACGUUUCGCGGACGACUCUGCAACUCCUCGAUAACGCUUGGGCUCCAGGUACGCGAUCGGCAUACCGCUCUUCAUGGGGCUCAUGGUCUAGUUGGUGCAUGGAACGGGCAGUGGAUCCCGUAUCUGCCCCUCUCCAUCUAAUUCUGGAAUACCUCACUUUUCUGUUUGAUUCGGGCAAGGCGUAUCGAACUAUCAACCUUUUUCGUUCCGCUAUAUCGGCUGGACAUGUUGGUUUGGAUGGUUCGCCCGUGGGCAGACACCCCUUCGUGUGUCGCCUGCUCAAGGGCAUUCGCCUCGCCCGUCCGCCCAAGGCUCGUUUCUCUGCCUUUUGGGACGUUAACAUUAUGCUUCAGUUUCUAUCUUCCUGGUACCCGAACCAGGGACUGACCCUUAAGCAACUGUCUUCCAAGUUGGUUAUGUUGCUUUGUUUGGUUUCAUGUAAACGGGUUUCUGAUGUUAGGGCCCUCGAUUGGGACGCCGUUACCUUCUCCCCUGAAGGUGUGACUUUUAAUAUUUCCAGACGGACUAAAUCUGCAUCAAGGUCUUUCGUAUACCCUAGAUUCCAAGAGUGUCCGGCACUCUGUCCAGUGGAGUGUUUAAAGGUCUAUUUGGAGGUGACUCGACCUCUUCGCUCACUAGACCUGCGACCUUUAUUCAUUUCUUUUCGUACUCCGCAUCGACCUGUGGCGACACCGACCCUGGCACGUUGGGUGCGUUGGCUGUUGUCUAUGGCUGGUAUAGACACGUCUAUCUUUACACCCCAUUCGGUGAGGGGUGCUAUGGCUUCCAAGGCUUCGACAGUCGGCUGUCGUCUGGAGGACAUCAUGCGUGCAGCGGAUUGGUCUCGAGAGUCGACCUUCCGUGACUUCUACUUCAGACCUAUUGAACACAUCGCAUCUCAGGUGAUAGCACAGCUUUGAACUUGCAUAAUAUGAGCCUCCGUGUCUUUAAUAAAAUUCCCAGAUUUUACUAUUAACAUGACGUAAAGUCAUGAUUUUAUUAAAGACACGGAGGCGAGUAUUAUUCCCUCCCACCCUCCCGGUGUGGGGUAUGGAGCGAGAUGCGAUUUGGCUUGUUCAGGUAUGUUGGGUUUGACCUACCUUGGAUGUACUUCAUAUGGUGUAUUACAUAUACUAAUUAAUUAUGUCUAUUAUAUUUUUCAGGUUUCAUUCCUUAACCUUAUGACAGGUCACUAGUUUCGUAUUGGUAAGUCUACAGUUUGGAGUUUGGUUAUUACCAUAUUUCUCUCUCUCUUUUUUAGCUUGAAAUUGUCGGUUUGUUCCAGUUCCCGGUUUUGACCAAGCAGGAUAUCGUUCUUCUUACCUGGUCUUCGGUUUUCGCAAGAAAGAGGGGGAUUGUGGGAGACACAGGCCUUAUAUAGUCACUUCCUCUGUUAUGUGAUUGGUUGCCUGUGUAUCUAUACAGUUUUUUCUUUCAUUUUUGAUAUAUUUAUAUUCCUCUAUCUUUGCUGCUGAGGAAAUAAAGAAAGAGUUAUGCAUAAUACUCGCCUCCGUGUCUUUAAUAAAAUCAUGACUUUACGUCAUGUUAAUAGUAAAAUCUGGGAAUUUGCCUUGUGAUUUUAUAAUGCAUAAUUAAAUAAUAAUUUUGCUAUAACUAUACUAAUACACACACACAUAUAUAUAUGUAUGUGUGUGUGUUUAUAUAUAAAUGUAAUUCUAAUGUAUCUUAUAUAUAAUUAUUCUAUUUUAUUUAUUAUAUAUUGGAGGACCUGCCCCACAACCCAGGCAGAAAUAUCAGAGAAUUUAAUUUGCAAAUCCUAUUUUUAAUCCUGUAAAUUUCCAAAACCCAAUAAAACCUGCAGAUAAGGGGUGCUGUUGUACUUGCGAAGCAUUGCUGAACACAGACAUUUUUAAAACAAUAAAAUGUAUAAUGACAGUAUCAUCAGUGAAGCUGCAGUUUUUUGUGAAAAAUGCAAAAAAUAAAUCUGAACACCAAGUUUGGCCAGGGUUCUGUUGUUAUGGUGCCAAGACUCAGGAGUGUUCCUUCAAAAUCAAACUAAGGGCAGUUUGGGUGUUCCUCUUUUUACUGUAUGAGAAUAUAAACAGUGGACAAAAAAAAAGUAAAUAUGAGAAUAUGAUACACAUUUGCAUGGAUCUAUAAAAAUGCCGACAUUCACAUGGUAUCUCAGACUAAGAUUAAAAAAACAAACAAAAAAAAAACUGUGUGGUUUGUGCAACAUAAGAUUAGUAACUAAGCCAUAUAGCUAGUUCUAUCUUUAAAAAUCCUUCUGAUCACAGGAAUUCUACAUUGCUCAAAAUAAAUACCUAAAUUGAGUGUACUCACAACUUUCUGACACUUAACGCCAAAACCAUGCAAUGUAUUAAACACACUAUGUUUAUGUCCUCUAGUCUUCUGCUUUCAGAACGUUAGCAGGCUGUAUGUGUACACUGUACAUUGCUGUGUUACUGCCCAGUAAGCUGCCAUUCUACAGCCUGUGCUGUUACUGGUUAAUUCAUAACGUGCAAAAAGGACCGGUCACAUGACAGCUUUCAGCCAAUAGCAGUUGAAGAGUCAUUCGUGAUCUGCACAUGCCAUUUUGGAAUAGUACUUUAACCCUGUGUCUGCAAGUCAAGCAGGUAAGAAGAACCCCUGCAGCUAGAUCCAGUAGAAUACUGUGUUAUAGAGCACAAUAACCUCCUGACAAGUGUGUGCACUGUAUUCUAAUUACAUACCACAGACUAAAAGCGGCAAAAGAGACACUUGGUUACAUGUUAGCAAUCAGUAAUCACAGGGGUCACUGGGCCUCCAUGUACAAAGGUUAAUAUAUCACCAGCAUUUUGGGCACAAAAUACAUGCAAGUGUGUGGUUAUUUUUUUUUUAGUUUUUUUUUGGUAAUUAGCAUUAAUGUUGAUUCUAGGUAGCACUGCUUUGCACCCAUUGCUUUCUAUAAACUAGAGCAAAGGUCUCAUGAAGGUAGAAAUCCAUCCUUCUCUCAGACAAGUUGUCAACAGGGAUCAGAGAUGGUGAACAUAUCUAUAUAUGAGGGAGAGGGGUGGGUGCCUGUCUGUGCAAAAUACAAAAAUGUGUGUCAACAAUGUUACAGAACACAUUUACAAACAACAGUGUGUGUUCUUAACCCCUAAAUGGACACUAUAGUCACCAGAACAACUACAGUUUAAUGUAGUUGUUCUGGUGUGUAUAGUACGUCCCUGCAAGCCUUUUAAUGUAAACACUCCCUUUUCAAAGAAAUUGUUGUGUUUACUUUCAUUUUGGCCUUUUAUCCGUUACUAUUGUAAAUUGCACCCUUAGCACAUGCAAGGCAACCAGAAGAUAGGAGGAAAAACCAUUUAAAGCUUUUUUCAAUAUGUUCCUUUUUUCUUCCUUAUUCCUAAACCUUUCUUCUUUUUCAAUCUAUUUCAACUAAAAUACAUAAAGCAAACUUGGGACUUCUCAGCCUCAUGCAUUUUUCCCUAGCUUGACCAAUCUUGACAAAAGGAACAGAGUUACCUUUGUCAAAUUGUGUCACUUAUCACAUCCAUCGCUAGUGAUGUCUGGGGACUAAUGCAUUGUCUCGCUCAUCUCAAGACAAAGCUUUGAUGGACAGAUUCAGGUAAGUAAAACUCACUUUCUCAUGGAUCCCACGGCCACCAGACACCAAGCAGUGAAGUUGCCCCAAAAAGUGACACAGACGCUUUAACCCCUUAAGGACCAAACUUCUGGAAUAAAAGGGAAUCAUGACAUGUCACACAUGUCAUGUGUCCUUAAGGGAUUAAUAGCCUGGAAGAGAUUUUGGCUGAAUUUGCACUUUUAUAGAUCAAACCUAGUGUAUCUUUGAAUAUAUCUUGAAUUAAUCAUACAUAGCAGAUAAUCAUACAUAGCAUUUCAUCGGAUUAAUUCUAAUAUAAUCCAUUUAUUGGCAUGGUAUCAGGUGGAUUAUAAUUCAGAAUCAAGAUAUUUUCCUGGAAAUAAGACAUCUUGCCUGCAGCAGAGGAGGCUGUGUGAGUCCGGACCCGAGUUGAAAUGAUAAUAAAGACUGUAUGCAGGAUAAGAGUGUUGCCAUCUUUUGCAGCUGGCUACGGGAGGAGGUUGAUGUCCAUGAAUUGUGACCAAUCAGAACAGACAGGUGCGUGCUUAAAGAAAUAUACAUGAAUACGUUUUUACAUCUAUUAAGAGAGGCAACAUUGAAAGAAUAUUAUUUAAAUUAAGAUCUAUAAAAGAGACUUUAUCAAGCAUAGAAGAGAAAAGUCCCUUUUAAAGCUGCAAAUAGUUUUGGUGAUAAAUUGUGCAAUAGUGCUAGACAAAUUGAUAGCAAAUGUAUGUCUUUACAGAUAUAAUCAAUGUUAAAAUUUGCUGUCUUUCAAUCUGGCUGUAAGAGACUGUCAGAUUGCCCUCAAACACAGCAUCUGACUCAACCUAUUUUCUGGUGUUUCUCAGGAACUUUUUAUUUUGUAUUAAUAAGUGAGAAUGUCUGUACAUCUGCCUGUUCACCCAGCAUGCUUGCAUUUUGCCUGAUAUUUUCUUUGAUCUGUCUCAAAAUAUUUUUUAUUGGACAGAUCUGUAAGGAUUUCUGUACAUCUUCCUGUUCACUCAGCUCUAAAAUCAGAUGUUGACUCAGCCGCUACGUCUCCCUUGGCUGAAAUCACAGAUGAUCUCAGCCAAUGCAAUGCUUAACAAAAGGGAAGCAUUGAAGGCUAAUGCGCAUGCAUAGCAAUCGCCACUCAGUCAGUUUCUCUUGAUAGUAAUGCACUGGCUCAGUUCAUCUCUGUGGAGAGCUUUUGGUGUCUUCAUGUAGAGCGUGAAGAAGCUGAUUUUUGGUCCUCAAAAGAUUGCAACACCACUCCAGAAACCCUUUUAGACAUCCACUAUAGGCGACCUUAGGAAACAGUGUAAACGUUUCCUCUUCUCAUUGCUGAGACAGUAGGAAAAUUACAGGCUACACGGCAAUAGCAAUACAAAACCAGAGUUUUUGUCAGAUGAGGCCUUAAAAACAUAAGUUUUGGCUUCACUGCCUUAAAGGAACUAUAUAUUCCUAACAGUAUAGUUCCCUAGUCACCAUUUAAAAACAUACAUUUUGGCUUCACUGCCUUAAAGGAUCUAUGUAUUCCUAAUACUAUAGUGCUCUAGUCACCAUCUAGGUGAGUGGGCUCACUGCUAGGGUUGAAAAGGUGAGUUUACAUACCUAUUCUCCCUCUCAGCGCUGGUUUCCGAUGAUGAUCUCAGCCAAUCUAGUCCUCUCUGAGAUCAUUUUAUUAAAAUUGUGAAAUUUUACACCUCUAUACAUUUCAAAUGUCAAGCAGUUGUGUAUUUUAACAUUAUUCAGAACCCAAAGCCAUUUUAGUAUGGUCUUGUCAAAAAGAUUGUAAAGCCUGGUAACUUAAAAAGACACUAUAGUCACCAAAACAACUACAGCUUAAUGUAGUUGUUCUGGUGACUAUAAUCAUUGCCUUCAGGCAUUUUUAUACAAACACAGCCUUUUCAGAGAAACCUACAAGUGGCCACUCCUCAGAUGGGCACUGCAGGUGCUUCCUGGCUCAAUGCUGCAUAGUAGGUAGCUCUGCCGUUCAGCGUCUCCAUGCUCUGCAUGGUGAUGCUGAAUUUUACCACAUGACAGGAGGCUUCAUAUUUUGCAUUAACUUUCUUUACUAGCUCCACAGCAGCAAAGAAAAAACAGUUGAACGAAAGAACCAAUCAGCUUUCCCAUGGGGAACACAUUGGAUUGGCUGAAAUUGGCAAGGGGGCGGUGCCAAACAUCAUUUUGGCCAAUUAGCACCUUCUCAUAGAGAUGCAUUGAAUCAAUCCAUCUCAAUGAGGAAAAUUGAAGAUUAUGCUAGUGCAUAGCGCCCCUGAAGUGCAAUAAGGGCCCUUUGGCAAGACCGGUUAAAGACAUCUCCUCGGACGAGGAACAAGACCUGCCACACUCCCUCUCCAUUCUCGAUGAAUGGCAGGCGGACGUCUCCGAAUCUGACGAAGGCGAUUGGGGCUCCAACGCCUACGUUACGGAGACCUUCCUGGGUGAGCCCCAGGGUAAGGGAGACGAGGAAACCUCCGCCUCAACCAAGCUCUCACAGGACCAAGAAGUGUUUCUGGACACCACAGGGCACAGAAUGUUCGAUCCCAGAAAUAUUCGGCACCCCCGAUCAGGGGAAUGGGCCCCGCCUGAGCAUCUCCUCAGGUUUAUGCAUUUCUGGAUCCGCAAACCCCUGGAGAAGCACGUACGCAAGCGGAUGAGAGCGGAAUUCCCAAGACCAUCGCUACCAGACAAAGUAGCCUUCACAUCCAAAUUCGAUCAGCUUAUGCUGACAUUCAUGGAGCAGGGAGGCCGGGAUCCCCGCAGGGGGAUAGAGAGGAGUCUAAAGGGGGCGCAAGACAAGCUCCUGGACACGAUGGGGCCUUUGGCCCAUGUAAUGUAUUUGGCAGACGACGCCUAUACCAGGGCGGACUCUUUCAAUGCGGACAUGAUCAGAGAAUGGGCACAUGACAUCCGUGAAUGGACCCAGAGAAGCUUCUGCUUUCUCGGGAACACCAUUGCGGCCCUACAGAGCUGCGCCGCACAGCACUGUUCCUCAUAGACCCCAAAUUAACGGAUUUAGGGGUAAAAGAAUUGGGCCCACAGGCACAGGGCAAGCUCUUCGGGGAGGCCUUCCUCAAAGAACUCAACAAGCAUGUCAACGUUUUCACCUCGCUAAACUGAGCCCGGACAUCCAUGCGGGAGGUUUUCCGGGGCAACCUCACGAGAGGUGUUUUUCCCAGUGCUGGUCGGCAGCGGGGCCGUGCCACCAGCCGAUUCUGGCCAUCGGGCCCCCGCACUGGACACCCACAACAAUUUUACCUGCAACAGGGUUAUCAAGACGCAGGAGCUCAACAGAGCUAUCCCUACUACCAGAGGGGUGCAGACAGAGGACGUGGAGGUCGCGGACGAGCCCGAGCAAGACUUCCCACAGGUAAGCAAACAACCCAGAGUUACGUCCCAACUAACCAUGUCUGCAGGCCGUGUUUCUCUUUUUUCCCAGAAUUGAGCAGAACUAUCUUCAGACGCCUCGGUACUACAGACAGUCAAAGGAUACCGCAUUGAUCUACGUUCAAAUCCGGUGCAGGCACGUCCUCCUCCACCAUUACACCUCUCAACGUCAGACGCACACCUCAUAGAAAAGGAGCUGAUCGAAUUACAGACGAAAGGCACCAUACAACCCGCCCGGGGGCAGGGAGGCUUCUUCAGCAAUAUGUUUUUGGUCCGUAAGAAAACCGGAGACUUCAGACCGGUAAUCAAUCUCAGAGCAUUGAAUGCUCAUGUAACCUACCGCCACUUCAAAAUGGAGGGCAUACAUCUACUAAGAGACCUCCUCCAGGAUAAGGACUGGUUUAUGUGUCUGGAUCUCAAGGACGCAUAUCUCUCAAUCCCAAUUCACACAGACAGCCGCCCGCUCCUCUGGUUUCUAUGGAACGGCGCCCCUUGGCAAUUCACUUGCCUGCCCUUCGGUUUGAGCUCGGCACCAUGGUGUUUUACGAAGAUGUUGAAACCAGUAGUUUCUCACCUCAGGACGCGUUGAAUUAGGUGCAUCAUUUAUCUAGACGACAUACUCUUGUUCUACAGGACAAGGGAGUUGGCGGUCCAGCAUACAAAAUAUACAGUACAACUAUUGGAAUCUCUGGGCUUCAUAGUCAACAGAGAGAAAUCCGCAAUGACACCCACAAAAAAAAAUCCAAUUCCUGGGCUUCGAGAUAGAUUCCAGGUCUUGAACCCUGCAUCUCCCGAAGACCAAGGUGACAGCCAUCAAGAAGGAAAUUCGCAGAGUACUCAAAUGCAAUUCCAUUCCGCUGCGACAACUAGCGCGGAUCGCGGGCCUUCUGUCCUCCUUGAUCCAAGCCAUAUUUCCGGGCCCCCUGCAUUACCGAGCCAUGCAACAAUUGAAGGCCCGCUUCUUGAGACAGGACCCUACGUACAAUCAACCAGUUCCGCUGACAAACGAGGUACGACAGGAACUAGACUGGUGGCUCAACUGUAUACAUGCUUGGAACGGCCGAGCCAUAUUCGGCACCCACCCGGACUUCGUGCUGGAAUCAGACGCCAGCCGAUUAGGUUGGGGCGCCACGGACAGAGAGGCAUCCACGGGAGGCACAUGGACGAACCAGGAACUCUCACUGCACAUCAACUGCCUGGAACUGCUGGCUGGAUCCUUCGCGAUACGCAGUUUGGCGAAAGGACAAUCCAACUGUUGUAUUGUUCUUCGGAUGGACAACAUAUCGGCAGUGAGAUACAUCAAUCACCUGGGUGGUACACGCUCCCAAACACUGGUGGAGCUGACAAAGGAGAUUUUCGAUUACUGCCUCCUACGCAACAGUACAUUACAAGCAGAAUACCUUCCAGGGGAAUCGAAUCGUACGGCAGAUUGGUACCCCCGACACUGGAGAGAUGUCAGCGAUUGGAAGCUAGACCCACAGAUAUUCGCCCUCCUGAACAAACGGAUGGGGCCCUUCACACUGGACCUAUUUGCCAUCACCAGGUACCACAGUUUUACAGCUGGCUUCCAGAUCCAGAAUGCCUGGCAGUCGACGCCUUCACCCAACAUUGGACCCCCACGAGGAGCUUACGCCUUUCCUCCAUUCGCCAUGAUCGCAAGGGUUCUCCACCAGGUUCGAUGACGGGGAGUGCGGAUAACGCUCCUGACACCCAACUGGCCGAGCCAACCGUGGUUCCCGGAUCUGCUAGAACUGGCGUGGCGGGAUCCGAUCUUAUUACUGAGCGAUUACAAUCUACUCAGGAACACGAUGGGGGACACACACCCGAUGCUCCUAGACCUUCGACUGUCAUUGAUAGUUUGGAAUCUUUCCGGGGAGCAUGGAGUACCGGAAACCUAUGGGCAACAACUAAGGACCUCCUAUGGGACUCCUGGGCCCCUGGAACGCGAAGGAGCUACUUAUCAGCAUGGCACUCUUGGACCGACUGGUGCAUGGGGCGGAACCUGGAUCCCUUUACGGCCCCUAUAUGCGAUAUCAUGAACUUCCUAACACAGCUGUUCGAAGAGGGAAAAUCGUAUCGCACCAUCAACAUGCCGUCUCAAGGUAGACUGGUAGGACAAGACUCCCUGAUCUGUCGAUUGCUACGGGGCAUCAAGCUGAGACGACCUCCAACACCAAAAUACCGACACCUAUGGGACGUGGACGUAGUACUCCGUUUCCUAAGGGGAUGGCCCCCUAACGAAAUGCUAUCACUAAAGCAAUUGACAGCAAAAUUCACCUUCCUGCUGUGCAUUUUCUCCUUCCGUAGGGUAUUGGAUGUUAGGGCGUUUCGACAAAGACGCAUUCUCUAUAAAUCCAGAAGGGGUUACAUUCCAUAUUUCCCGGAGGACCAAAUCGGAUUCGUCAUCGGUGUUUUACCCAUUCUUCACCUCGGAUCCCCAAUUGUGCGUGGUCAAGGCCCUACGAGCUUAUAUGACAGCCACAGAGACAUUACGUUCACCAACAACGAAACAAUUGCUGGUCUCAUAUGUCAGUCCACAUGGACCAGUGUGAGGAACCACACUAGCCAGAUGGAUCAGAUGGCUUCUUUCUCUAGCCACAGUGGACUCGUCCUUUGGUGCACAUUCCGUGCAGCGGCAUCAGCUGCCUUCUUAGCAGGCGCUUUAUUAACAGACAUCCUGCACACUGCCGACUGGUCACGCGAUUCGACGUUUUGGACAUUCUACUUUCGUCAAUCGUCCAAUGCUGCCUUCGCCCUUCUUCCUGAGUGUUAAAAUUGCAAAAUAUGAAGCCUCCUGUCAUGUGGUAAAAUUGAAGAUUAUGCUAGUGCAGUGUACUGAUAAUCUUAAUUUCAAUAAUGACAGGAGGUGAAUAUUUUCCCUCCCUUCAUCUUGAUGUUCCCACCCUAAUACGGUAAGUGGAUUUCAGGGACAUCUGGAUACGGGUUUAUAUGUCUAUAUCAUGAGAUGGUAUGGGUUUUUGUUCCUUAUGUUUCGAUCUAGUAUAGAAAAGGACUAGUUUCACAGACUAUGGAUAGGCUAGUUAACAGUCAUAUGGUCAACGCUCAUAUAAACAUGUUUGCCAUACGGUUGGUCCUGUAUCACUGAUACUAGUCUCCUUUCUCCUUUCAGCUUAACAAGAUACCGAAAAUAACGGACUCUGGUGUCAAGUUCUCGGUUGCCUGAGGAAGUUUGGCUACGCCAUUAAAGUUUCCAAGUUGGAUUCAGUAUUUCAAGUUGAUGCAAGAUUUGUUAUCAUAAUAUAGACUUGUGAUGUUGCAACUAGUCAAGAGGAAUGACUAGGCUAGAACUUAUAUACUCUCUGACUCAUGCUGAUUGGUUCUUUCGUUCAACUGUUUUUUCUUUGCUGCUGUGGAGCUAGUAAAGAAAGUUAAUGCAAAAUAUUCGCCUCCUGUCAUUAUUAAAAUUAAGAUUAUCAGUACACUGCACUAGCAUAAUCUUCAAUUUUCCUCAUUGAGAUGGAUUGAUUCAAUGCAUCUCUAUGAGAAGGUGCUAAUUGGCCAAAAUGAUGUUUGGCACCGCCCCCUUGCCAAUUUCAGCCAAUCCAAUGUGUUCCCAAUGGGAAAGCAUUGGAUUGACUAAAAAUUGACAAUUCUGAUGAUGUCACCAAUGGGUGGGACUAGCGCCAGCCGACCCGCGCGGCGCUGGAAAUAAGGUGAGUUUUAAUUGCUUUUAAGGGGGCUAAGGGGUGGCAAACCUCUUAAAUGGUGGGUUAAACACUAUAAGGUCAGGAAUACGUGUUUGUGUUCCUGACCCUAUAGUGUUCCUUAAAUUGAAAAUGUCAAUACAACAAACAUAAAUGAGAUUUAAACAAGGACCAAAACAAGUUUAAGCUUAAUAAGGGUGGGUUUGGUGUAUCGAUCAUACCCCCUGCAGUCUCACUGCUCAAUUCUCUGCCAUUUAGGAGUUGAACCACUUUGUUUAUUCAGCUAUAGCCACAUCUCCCCUGGCUGAGAUGCACACAACUUUAGCUACAUACUUCCUAAAAAAGAAUCAUAGGUUUUUAGCUUCCCUUUUUGCACAGUAUAUUUGAUUUAGAAUUUUGUAUCUCCUGCUCUGUUAAUAGCCUGCAACAGCCUCCUGUGUGUGAUUAAAGUUCAAUUAACAGUGCAUAAAAACUUCCUUCCUGUUUGAAAAUGAAAACUUUUUUUUUAUGGAGGCAGUGUGAGUCACAGCCAUGAGAGGUAUGGUUAAGGUGCAUAAACAAAGUGAUCUAACCCCUAAAUGGCAGAUAAUUGUGCAGUGAAAUUGCAGGGGCAAGAUCUAUACACCAAUAUUGCUUCAUUAAACUAAAGUUGUUUAUGUGCUUAUAUUGUCUCUUUACAAUUACAGGUCUCUUUGUUGCACAGGAAAUAAUAUCUUGACUAAAAAAACUCCAAGCUAGGGUCACCCACUCUAAAACUAAUGUUUUAGACAUUGAGCCUAAAAGGAUCUCCCACAUUAACAUCAAUGUUUUUGCAUCUGCACCAAAAAGCCUUAGCCUGUUUGUAUAAAUAAACUUGUUGACUUCAGAAAAACCAAGUGCAUCUAUCUGAAGAUCCACAUAUUUCUAUUCCUGAUCAUUCGGUUAGCAAAUGUACAGCCAAAAUAAACUUUACCUUUUCCAUUCAUUUUUGUAUGUCCACACAAAAACAAGGACACUGUGUUAAGUAAAGAUGAUGAUGUAAAUUAAUGACUUGGACCCCAGCACUUUGGUUAUAUUCCGGAACCACUGUAGUCAACUCUGGAUCAUGCUGCAUGUUGUGUGCCAGACCCUGUUAAUUUCCUGUUUUUCAUCCCGGAAUGUAAAGGGAAACGAAAGUAGUUCAAGACCAUGGAAGUAGGUCAACUGGUGAUGCUUAAAGAUGGUGGGUUGCUGCUCUGACUUGUUGGGCUCUGCACACUUAACCCCAUGAGAUGCCAUGCCCUAUUCAAAACCAGCUGCAUCUUUAGUCAUCAACAAAGGGCAAUAUAAUUAUAUAUAUAUAUAUUUAUUUUUCUAACACACAUUUAUAAAUAGUCCUUACAAUGUCAUUUGUAAUUCUUUUUUAAGCAAAAAUGUUUUUGUCACAACUCUUUUUUUUCUAAUUAAUUGGUUUAUUCACUAAACUAGAAAUUGUAGAGAAUUUAUAAAGGAAUUGCAAGUUAUAAAGGAGCUUUAGUAUGUUAUUACAAUGCAGUCGUUCUUAUACUGAAUAAUGUAAUGGUUUUUUUUUCCACUUAUACUACUCAUAAAACACCAAAUCCGUCAGCUGGUACUUAUUCCCACACUUAUUUACAUUUUUAAUUAUCUCACCAAAUAUAUCACUACAAACCUGUAGGAUAAAAGAUAAUGACAGUGGAAGAAUUGACAGAGGUUAUUGGAUCCUUGCAAACGUAAAAUAUUUUGGAUGAGAAAAAGAUAAUUACCUACAGAAGGUUAUAUAUAUAUGCUAAAAUGUCCCUUAAAUAUGGACAUUGAAAUAAAUAAAUCUCCACUUUUGAGGAGAUUAUAAAGAUUGAUGAGCUGUUUGCUAUCACGUGUUCACAUAGAGGUCAUCUCAUCAGGCUUCUCCUCAGAACAUCUUUCUUAUUUGACUUGGUGGGGACAUCCAGGGUAGCCCAAAUAAUUCAUCUAAACUAAGUUGCUGUGGUGCAUAGAGGUCCUGGGUGUCAUCUUACCUUAACAGUUUAAACUGUUUAAAUAUAAUUUAAUCCUAAAGUGGUCUAGAUUACAUCUCUUCCUCAAUCUGAGUUCCUGGUUUCAAUGAGGAAAACUCAGACUUUGCACCAGUAAUAGAAUGACUGUGUUAACCCUGUCAAUCUCCAGGGUUCUAGGCAGGGGCCCGAAUCUAUUUGAUUGAAAUUAAUUUGUGUCUGGACAAGUAGAGUUGGCAAAUUUACAAACCCCUUUGAGCCUGGAAAGCCCUGUUUUUUUUCCCUCCAAACUCUCAAAAGCAGUUUGAAGAAGACUGGAGUGACUACUGACAAUUUUUCCUUGCACCGUUACACUACAGGAAGCUGUAGUGAUUAUGGCACUUUAAGUUAUUUUCUUUCCGUAAUCUUGUUUUUUUCUCUCUUUUCUUCUGAUUUUCUUUCUCUUUUUUUCUAGUUUCCUAUAUUGGAUGCCUUUAAUACUGUCUAUUGUUUCAUUAAAAUGGUUAUAUAUUUUGCCCAAUAUUGUUCCGCAUUGCCAACCCUCUUGUUUUCAUAUCCUUUCUACCCAUUCCUUUAAAAAAUAUUUGUGGUUUAUAUUUCAAUUUCAGACAAAAUGAACGUUAGAAUUGAGAGACAUGGGACAAUUCUGACAAUCGGUAUCAACAGGCCCGAAGCCAGAAAUGCAGUUAACCCUCAGACAGCUGCUCAGCUUGUUCAUGCCUUUAAUGAAUUUGAGAAGGAUACAUCCUUAACUGCUGCUAUACUUCACGGAAUAGGUAAGUAAUCACUUACAUCAAGGCUUGACAAAUCCCAGGUGCCAGGUGGCCAUGGUAACUAGCAAUUUUAACCUGGGGCCUGGGUAUUUGUCAGCCCAUUCCCUCUGAGGUGGGCGGCCGGCUGGGGGAGAAGAAGGUGGGCGGCAGUCUGGGGAAGAGUGGAGGCAGGAUGCUGUAAGGAAUGGAGUCAGCGAGGGGACUGUACUCUUCUUGCUCUGUUCCCUCGCGUGCCCUGCAGUGAUCCCAGGAGCUGGAAUAUGAUGUCACUCUGGCAUCACUAAAGGGUAUGCAAAGGAGAAGAGCAGGAAAAUGACAGCAGCCCCAACUGAUCCUAGGAACAGGAUCCCCACUGGACCCCAAGGAAAGCCAAUCCACUCCAGCUCUCCCAAAGAUAGGGCGGGUGGACUUAAAUUUAAUUAAAACAAUUAAUAAUUUGUGAGUGUAUAAAAGAAUGUGUGUGUCUAGCAAUGACUGUGUGUGCGUCUGUGCAGCACUGAGGCAGGAAGCACUUUAGUGGUCAUCUGAGUGACUGCCACUAGAGGUGUUACUAGGCAGCAAACUAAACACUGCAUUUUCUUUGAAAAGGCAGUAUUUACAGGCAGUAGACACCAGAACCACUACAUUUUGCUAGUGUGGUUCUGGCGACUAUAGUGUUCCUUUUCAAAAUUUUAUUUUUGUCACUGAAAAUAAAGCUCUAUUAGUUUUUAAAAAAAACAAAACUCUGCACCCACAGAGAAAUAUGCACUUUUGUGCCGGGUUUGUAGUUACAUCUCUGGCACACAUGACUUAGGCAACCUCUCUCCAUUUACAGUUAUUUUUUUUGUUUUUUUACUUAAAUCCCUUUCCUACCUUGACCACCCUCCAAUAGUGCAGGCUAAAUUCAGAAACUGUUUUAACUAUAAAGAGUAACCCUUUUAGCAACAAAAACAUCUGAUAGUGUAUUCACACCUAAAAUAAACUUUAAAACACUUUUCUGACAAUUACUCAGUUUCUGAAGUAGUUCUAAGUGUUAGGACAUGAGGAAAACAGGCACCACAAUAUAGCACAGUCCACCUGUUUAAAGGUCUGCCCAUCUUUCUGUCUGCCACGAGGACCCACUGGUGGAGUUUUAUUUCCUUUCCCUAAAACCUGGUUCAGUUUCAAAACAAGCCACAAAGUCACAUACAACCCACAUUGUUCUCUAUAUAGGCAAAAUUUGAGUGCAUACAGGAUAAUGUAUAUGUGAGAGGAUUAUCCAAUAUGUGAGGAAAGUAUCAAUGGUACACAUUAAAAAAUGCUAUUUAUAUAUAACACUCUUUUUCUUAUUUGUAAUGCUUGGUAAUGAAAUGGUUCAAGCCAGUAAAAUGGUCUGUGAAUUUAGGAUUGCAACCAUCUUGAAAGCUGUUGCCCCAUGGCUUCUUAAUAGCACAGGAUUACUUUAAAUGUUUGCAUCUCGCUAUAUUAUUGACAAAAUGCCUCAACAGCUUCAGAUAAAAAGAACAUGGUGGUGUUUAUUUUCAAUGUGUAAAGAAAAUUCUUCUUUUUGAAGCGAUAGUGCCAGGAAUAUACCUUUAAUAUCCCUUUAAACGUGAAGAAGUGAAACAAAUAAUUUUCUAUAAGAAGUAUUAGUAAAUGCUCACAAGGUAGCAUCCUUCCAGAGUGGGGAAUUCACCUAUAUUUCACCACCCCUGAUCUCCCUUCAGUAUCUUUGACAGCUUUGUUCACUUAAAUCUUCAGCUGUUAAACUAAGAGUUCUAAGUUGAUCUAGCUAUUGAACCCUUAGCCAUUAUGGCUUGAUAGAUCAAUGAACACUUCUCUGUCUGUAACUUAAGUAAUUAUAGUCGUACUGUAUGGUCAGACCAUAAUGCCAUUUCAUUAGAGCUAAAACAAAACAUAUCUGAAGGAAAAAUAACUAAUUGCUGCAUGAACAACCUUAUUUUAAAUGACAACAAAGAAAUAAAACAAAUUAAAGAGAAAAUUAAGGAAUAUUUCCUGCACAAUAAUAACAAGGAAGUAUCAGCGCCUAUAGUAUGGUGUGCCUUUAAGUCUGUAAUAAGGGGUCACCUAAUAAAAAUAGGAAUGCAAAUUAAAAAGAAAAACCCAACAUAUCUUCCAGAUCUAUACAUAUUUCUAUAAGAAACUAGCAGAAAGAAUAAGGAAUCUCCCACAAUCAUUUUGACCCAGAUGAUAUAAAGUAUGCAUAUAAAUAAAAUAAUAACAGAAGAUGGCCCUCAAAUAUCUCCCCAAAAAAUAGGAGAGGCAUUUAAUACCUAUUAUCAAAAAUGAUAUACCAGUCCAGAUUUAAAUAAUGAUAUUAUUGAACCACGUAAACCUAAUGAGAUGAAAACUAUUACAAAAGAACAACUUAAAGAAUUAAAGGGGUCACCUAAUAAAAAUAGGAAUGCAAAUUAAAAAGAAAAACCCAACAUAUCUUCCAGAUCUAUACAUAUUUCUAUAAGAAACUAGCAGAAAGAAUAAGGAAUCUCCCACAAUCAUUUUGACCCAGAUGAUAUAAAGUAUGCAUAUAAAUAAAAUAAUAACAGAAGAUGGCCCUCAAAUAUCUCCCCAAAAAAUAGGAGAGGCAUUUAAUACCUAUUAUCAAAAAUGAUAUACUAGUCCAGAUUUAAAUAAUGAUAUUAUUGAACCACGUAAACCUAAUGAGAUGAAAACUAUUACAAAAGAACAACUUAAAGAAUUAAACAUACCUUUUACAGUAAGACAAAUAUAGAUUUAUUCAAAAAAGACAAAGCGCCUGGCCCAGACCAGUUCCCAAAUAUAUUCUAUAAGAUAUUUAAGAAUGAAAUAUUGGAAGAGUUGACUAAUACAUUUAAUGAGAUGGUAAAACAAAAAACUAUGCCGGAAGAGAUGCUAUAUGCAAAUAUUGUCCCUAUUUUGAAACCUGAAAAAGCCCUGGAACCAAUAUCAAACUAUAAACCAAUCUCGCAGGUAAAUUCGAAUACACAAAUAUAUGCACCAAUAUUAGCCAAUAGAAUACAAAAGAUAACGAUGAACUUGAUCCAUUUAGACCAGACAGGAUUCAUAAAAGGAAGAUUCUCUGUAAAUAACAUAAGAACAUUGAUGGAUAUCUUAGACAAUGUCGACAGAUCAGGAGCUCCAUUUGUGGCCCUAUCAAUAGAUGCUAAAAAAGCAUUUGAUAUGGUCAGAUGGGGCUACCUGAAGUCAAUAUGUAAAGAACGAGGACUGACCGUUUGGAUUUAUGAUGUAAUAUGGACAUUAUAUGCAGGCCCUAAAGCAAGAACGAUGGGGGGGAUAUCUUCAGAUUGGUUCAGGAUGACUAACGGUACUAGACAGGGGUGUCCCCCGUCCCCAUUAUUAUAUGUAUUGUCCAUUGAGUCUCUAGCAGAUGAUAUUAGAAAUAAUACAAAAAUUAAAGGGUUCGUAAGUAAUAAGAGAGAAUAUAAGAUCUCACUCUUUGCGGAUGAUGUCCUUAUAACACUGGAAGAUCCGCUGUCUUCACUGAAAGAAUUAAUGAUAAGUAUAGUUGAAUAUAGUAAACAAUCUAACUAUAAAUUAAAUAUAGACAUUGAUUAUAGAUAAAAAUCUAAGCUCAGGCAUUAAAAAAACAAUACGUUUUUUUCAAAAAUAAUGAGAUUCAAUAGCUGGCUAGAAACCCUAGGAAAAUAAUGGAGAAUAAUGUACUGUCCUUAAUUAAACAAAUUAAUAAACAACUUAAUAUUAUCAAGAAUUCUUAUCUUGGUUAGGAAGAGUAAAUAUAAUUAAAGCCUAUGUUUUUCCAAAAUGACUAUAUAUCUUCCGAAUGAAACCUUUUAAAAUACCAAAACCUUGGUUAACAAUGAUCUAUUCGUACUUUAAUAAAUUUAUUUGAAAAAAAAAUUUUUAGAAUAAAUUUAAAAACAUUAUCUUUAAGAUUUAAAAACUGGGGACUGGGCUUCCCAAAUAUAUUCCAAUUAAAUGAGGCAUGCAGAAUUUCUCAUAUAAUAAAUAACUUAAGACAGGAGGCAAUAGAGGAACCAUGGUACCAAAUAGAAAUAGCAAGUAUAGGAAACAAUGAUAUUAAAAAAAAAAUCUGGAAUUUAAAUAAAAAACAAGUAAAAUCGAUGAUAAAAUCUUCAAUAAUAAUGGAAGAUAUGUACCCAAUAUGGGAUAGCAUAAAAGAUAAGUUGGAUAUUCAAGGAAAAUUUAUGGAUGAACGUCCAAAUGAAGCUAUAGAGAUAAACAUGGAGAAUCUAGACAUGAGGAAGUGGAAAGAAAAGGGGAUGAAACAAAAAGGGGAGCUUAUAAAAAACAAUGAUAUGUUAUUAUUUGAACAACUUAAAAAAGAUUGGAAGUUAUCACCAUGAAAUAAAAAGAAAAAGUUUUCUAUCAAAACAUAGGAAAACCAAUCCAACAGAAAAAGAAAAAAAGAGCUAUACAACGAUAACUAAAACAAUGCAUUUAAUUUCUCUAUAUACCAAACAUAUUGAAAUUCUGGCUGUAAAAUCGUGGAAUAAAGAUCUACAGUUAGAAAUAGGAAAUAGAGAAUGGUCUAAAAUGCUAACUCAAACAAGCAAAGCCAUUCAUUGCCUAAACUAAAUAGAGGUACAAUACAAGUUGGCUAAUAGGUGGUACUAUGAUCCCCUAAAACUAUCUAAAAUAUAUUCAUCUAGAUCAUCUGAGUGUUGGAGGUGUGGUAAAAUGAUAUACAUAUAUGGUGGUCAAGCUCUGAAAUACGCAAGGUUUUGCAGAUAAUUUUUAAAUGGAUAGAGAAGUGGACAUCAAAGAAAUUAGAGUACUCUUACGCACCCGCAUUUCUACAUAUAGGAUGUCAAAAAAUGGAAAAAGACAAGCGAGAUCUAAUAAUCCAUACUCUAUUAGCAGCAAAAUUACAUAAAGCAAAAAUUGGAAAUCCAAUCAUCCACCAAAAAUAGUAGUGAUAAAACUCCAAAUUAUAAACCAGUGCCAAAUGGAACAGUGGAUAAAUGAACAUUUUAAUUUAAGCAAUGAUACAAGUUGGGAAGAAUGGAUAAAAAAGAUCAAAAAAGAGUAAUAAUAGAAAGGAAAUAGAAAAGAAAAAGAGAUAAUAGAAAUAGGAGGACAAAUUAUAUGUAAAAUAUUGAUGAUAUAGGCAAAUACGUUACUAGAAUGCAUGCUAUAGGGGGAAAAAUCAUAAGAAAUAAAUAUUUAUAUAGUUGUGUUGUGUUAUGUUCCGAUAAACUUACUAUAUGAUUAAGGAGAGAUAUAUCCCGGAUAUUGAAAUUUGGGAAAAAGAUAUAGAUAUAUAAAAGGGAAAAGAAAAAAGAUGAAAAGAUAACUUUAAAGAAAAUGUAAGGUACCACAUUGUAUCAGCACUAGUCAAUAUGAUCUGUACAGUCUGUAGGAUAAAGGAAUAUAUAGAUUUUUUUUGUUAUUUGUUAUGUUGAGCAGUCAUUGGUUCAAGAUAGAAUGGGUUGAUAUUUACUUAAUACGAGCACCAUUCUGGGACUCUCUAUGUCUAUGACGUAAUAUAGUUAUGAUAAUAUUUAGUCAGGAAGACAGAAGAAUAAUUGUACAUAAUUACAAUUAUUUUUUCACUAUUAUAUUUAUUAUCAUUAUUAUUAUUUCUUUUUUUUAUAAAUUUUCUAUUUACAUUGCUAUUAGCCAUGAUGCUCUGCCUUUCCUCGAUCUCAGACUGUAUUGUGAUAUGUGAGAAGCUUUGUUUCUGCCUAAGCAUGGUUCUGACUAUAUGCUCAUCGCAAACCACCAGCCAGAAGAACUCUGUGCGUUCCAACAUGAAAGGCACGCUAUUAAUGACGACGUCAUAGACACACACAUAAGUGGAUACUCACCAUGCAACACACACCGGUCCAGCUGCCGAGUAUUAUUCCUCAAGUGCACUGGUAUAUAAGAAGACUCUCCUGGAACAUCCACAUUGAUCCCUGAGGAAGUCCCAACGAAACGCGUAGGACUUUUGUAUACUUUUUUUUAAUGUUUUAUUUCAUUUGUAUAUUUUAUUGAUUAUCUGCCACCCUGCAUGUGUAUUUCUGGAGCUUCCUGCUAGCCUUUGAAGUCUGGUCACCACGCUGGUUGUGGAGAUAUGCUUCAUUUUAUCUGCUAUCCUGUAAGUGCAAUGUUGUGCAAUAAAUUUGUUUAAUUUUAAUGCCAUCUGCACUAUAUUAUUCUUCUUUCUGUUACGCUGAGCCAUCGAGAAGAUCUUGCCUGAAGAUAAUCCAUCUACUUUCCUGACCCUAUUUAUGGGAGAAAUGCUUGAAUAUACAUCCAUCUAGUGAGUUCUCUACCACCCUCAACCCGAUAUUUAUAUUUAACAUACUACACUAUAUAUAUUUUUUACUUAUUUUACAGAAUACGUUGUAUUGUUUUCUCAGGUUGUAUAAUAUUUUUAAUAUUCACCUAUUUGGUAUUUGGUACAUAUAUUUCUUAUAUAUUUAUUUUAUUUAGUACCCUUUUUUCUUUUUGUCUUUACUUAACUUUGAGUGUUUUAAUAGGGAACAAUUUUCCUUAAAGUGUCUGUUUGUGUUUUGGGAGCAUAUAUUGAACCAUUCUUGUGUACAGGAAGACAGAAGCACUCAAUGAUAUAUGAUUACAUCAAAUUGGACUCCAUGGAUGGAUAGAUAUCCCAAUUAAUAGCCUCAAAAACGCUCAGGAAGUAAUCAAAUAUCUCCCUUAAUUAGCCUUUCCUACUAUGUUUGUUUUCCAGUUAUAAAACUAAUCUUAUUGGGAAUGUCUUGUUCUUUUAACAUAUUCAUCCUCCCCUUGCAGUAUCUUCGCUCAGGGGCCAUGCGUCAGUGUACCUGACUCCUGCAAAAUGUUGAUGAACGCCGACUGCUGCGGAUCCACGCCAAAUUAUAGCCCCUCGUCUGCCCUCGGUGAUGACGACGUUGGCGUGCAUGUGACGUCAUGCGGGAGACUCGCGCGCACGUUCUGGAGUCAAAGGCCGAUUUCGGCCAAUCAGAUUUGUAAAGGGCUUAAUUAAACGCAUUUAUACUUCUCCUCAUUGCCCUGUCGUGGUUUCCCUUAGUGGUUGUCUGACCUGUGUCCGCGACCUCGGCAAGUAUUCUGACUAUUCUUUGGUACGUUAAGCCCAGCCAUUCUAAGGCCCGGUAAGACGUUACCUUUUAGUCCUAGGUGUGAUACAGUUCUACAUGUUGGAUCAAUUAUUAAUCAUGACAGUUCUAUACUUGAUAUGUUUUAUACUCUUAUUUCCCAUUAUUCUGACAUUUUGCAGGUUUUAUAAUAAUUACCAUGGACAAAGAUUUUGUAUUUGUUUUAUGUGUCUUCUAUGUAAUGUAUUUAUAAAAAAAUUGGAAGCAUGUCAAUAAAGAAUACAAAAAGUAAAAAAAAAAAUUAUAGUCGUACUGUAUAAUUUCAUUUAAAUGUAGCUGUAAAAUAUCAUACAGCCUUUAGGUGGCACCAAAAUCCGUUUUAUUCUAGCCUUUAUGUUUACAAGCACCACUUGAAAAAUUAUAAAAUAGUUUUGCAUACAAACAAUAGGUUAGUAAAUAUUAUUUUAAUUAUUUCUAAUUAUAAAUAAAACUAAUUGUGUGAUCUGUAUUUCAUUACCAAUUGAAAAGUAUUCACAACUAUGUAAAUAUUUAUUAAUAUACAUUUGUGUUGUCACGUUAUUGACAAUAAACAGUUAAACAGAAAUAUUUUUUGAAAUACUUUAAUGCAAAUUCUAUACACAGUAUCUAACCAUUUCAUCUCACUGAAGUGGUAAUGUUGCCUGGAGUCUCUUGAUGUAAUUUCACUGUUCAGUGUGGAAUAAUUUUUUUAAAUUCUCCAGGGAACUAAAGGCACCAGAAUCACAUUAAUGAAAGCAAAUGUUUUGAUGCUGGGAAUAUUCCUUUAAAUCUUAUUUAAAGGGACAAUGUAGGCACCCAGACCACUUCAGCUAAUUGAAGUGGUCUGGUUGCUAUGUCCCUUUUGCACUUAGUUCUAGAUAACUGUAAUGUUAUCUUUGCCUUAUAAAUAAUGUUUUAUUUUUUUAUUAGAACAAAGACCUUAAUAUUUUUAGAUAAGCUAAUUAUAUGAUUUCAUACUUUUUAGUAAAAUGGAAAAAAUAUUUAUUAUUUAGAAAAAUAUUUUAAUAUAUUAUUUUAUAUUUGUUGAUAUUUCAAUAUUUUGAAGAAAUAAUUUUUAAAAAUGUAUCCAAAAAUGUUAAAUCAUUUGAAAAUCUUAAAUCAAGGCCUAAUUUAGCAAUAUUUAUCUCAUGAAAUGGCUCUCAAUGAUUAUUCUAAUGUGCAGUAUCCAAAGCUUCUGAUAACAGUACAUGUUGGAUGCUGUCCAGGAAGUAGGAGGGUCUGGGAGGGAGGGUCUGCCGGAGAUUGGCCGGGAUGUUUCAGCUGACCGGAGUUCGCCGCGAACCGUUCACGAGAAGUUCGCGGACGGUUCGCGACAUCUCUACUGACGACAUGUAACAUAUGCACAGAAUCGACAUUAAGCAGCCCAGAACAGAGUUCCAGGCUACCUAAGUCGUAAGUGCCAGUGGUGUAGCAAGCUUCCGGGACACAAUUGCAAAUAGCUCAGUAUUUACACUGCACAUCCAGACUCUUAUCACAUUGGCCAAUUCAAAAAGCACAAGUGUUCAUGAUGGUUGGAGUAGUCCAAAAUCCUAACUCAUAAUUUUGCUUGACCCUUUAACCACAACCAUCUUAAAGGGACACUCUAAGCACUCAAAACCACUUCACCUUAAUUAGUGUUUUGUUGCAAUAAAAUCUCUACCUAUAUUGGGGCAGUAUUUGGUCAUAAACACACUUCUAGUGGCUGUCAGACUGAUAACCACUAGAAGUACAUUGUUAUUGGAGACUUUCAGUUAUUCAAAAUGCUGUGAAUGCUUCUCAUACUGAAUCAAUAGAUUCAGUGCUUCUCUAUGAGAAGCAUCUAAUCGCCUGAGCACAAUAAGACAAUGUAUUGAACAGAUGAUCUCCUUUUAAAAAACAAACAGUUCCAUAUACAGUAUCUCAUAAAAGUGAGUACACCCCUCACAUUUUUGUAAAUAUUUUAUUAUAUCUUUUCAUGUGACAACACUGAAGAAAUGACACUCUGCUACCAUGUAAAGUAGUAAGUGUACAGCCUUUAUAACAGUGUAAAUUUGUUUUCAAAAUAACUCAACAUACAGCCAUUAAUGUCUAAACCGUUGGCAACAAAAGUGAGUGCACCCCUAAGUGGAAAUGUACAAAUUGGUCACAAUUAGCCAUUUUCCCUCCCUGGUGUCAUGUGACUUGUUAGUGUUACAAGGUCUCAGGUGGGGAGCAGAUGUGUUAAAUUUGGUGUUAUCGUUCUCACACUCUCUCAUACUGGUCACUGGAAGUUCCUCGUGGCAAGGAACUCUCUGAGGAUCUGAAAAAAAGAAUUGUUGCUCUACAUAAAGAUGGCUUAGGCUAUAAGAAGAUUGCUAAGACCCUAAAACUGAGCUGCAGCAUGGUGGGACAGGUUCCGCUCAGAACAGGCCUCGCCAUGGCCAACCAAAGAAGUUGAGUGCACGUGCUCAGCAUCAUAUCCAGAGGUCGUCUUUGGGAAAUAGACGUAUGAGUGCUGCCAGCAUUGCUGCAGAGGUUGAAGGGGUGGGAGAUCAGCCUGUCAGUGCAAAGACCAUACGCCGCAGACUGCAUCAAAUUGGUCUGCAUUGCCGUCGUCCCAGAAGGAAGCCUCUUCUAAAGAUGAUGCACAAGAAAGCCCCCAAACAGUUUGCUGAAGACAAGUCUCCUGCAAAUAUUAAAUAAUUGACUGGAUAUAAAAAAAGUUAAAACAGUCCGAAUAUUGUGGAAAAAAUAUACUAGAGUGCAAGAACUAAAAAAUAACAAUAAAAACAUAUUUAACAGCACUUAAAUUUGUUUUUUAUUUCUUGCAAGAAGCUGUACCUAAAAGUCAGAGGUCAACUUUAACUUUCUGAACAUCCUUUUUAAAAUGUUUUUUUUUUUUUUUUUAAAAGACAGAGUUGUUUUAAAAUGGAUUUGCCGUCAGACUGUAAUGCUAUCCAAAAUACACUAAUCCCAGUAGUACUUUUGACGUUUAGGCUGAGAGGCCAGGUGUAAGUUUCCAUGUUCCCCAUUCCUUCAUUCCACACACAUAUACUGGCUCCUUUUUUAAGUAUUUGCAAAGAAAAUAUGACUUGCACCUUUUGUUACAUAAUCAGGAUGUCAGAACUGCGGGUUAGGAAGCUAUUAACUUUUAACUUUUCUGAAGAUCUUGUUUUUUCUUUCACAUGCUACAUUUUGUAUCUGUGGAAAAAAAAAUCUUCCAUAAUUGGGCUCUGACUGUGUGAAAGACCCGCUUAUUAUAAGUUUAAAUGUAGUGACAUCAUUGAUGAAAUCAUGUUUAACCCAUUCACGCUCAUUAACCCUACAGUGUAAAAUGUAAUGUUCUUGUUUUUAGUAUUCCUCUAAAAAGCUUUUGCGUUCCUAAUAAUGGUGGGAUUUAUGUUUGUUUUGUUCAUUAUUAUUAUUUUUUUGCUGAACAAUGUUGCUGAUUACUUUUAUUCCAGUACAGCCCCCAUCAAAAGUAUGUGGCUUUCAGUAAAUUAAUUUUACUUGUUCAUUCACAACUACUGUAGCCAUAUUCCCCCAAUACUGUAUGUAACCAGUGACGUACACACAACCCAUGGGGCCCCGGUGCGAAAACUGAUCCACAACAAAUGGCGGCGGGCACCUUGUCGCAGGGCUGCGACCCUACGACCGCGGUAUGUACACCAGUGCAUGCAGAUACACAUACACUUAAAGGACCACUACAGACACCCAGAUCAGAUCAGCUCUGCUAUGUUUCACUGAGGGUUAAUCCAGCCUCUAGUGGCUGUCUCAUUGACAGCCGCUAGAGGAGCUUCCGCGAUUCUCACUGUGAAAAUCACAGUGAGAAGAUGCUGAAUGUCCAUAGGAAAAAAUUGAGUAAUGCUUUCCUAUGGGCGGUUUGAAUGCGCGCGCUGCUCUUAUCGCGCAUGCGCAUUCGGAGCUGAGAUGCAGAUUGAGGCGGAGAGAUCCCAAGCGCCAAGGGAGUCCGGCGCUGGAGAAAGGUAAGUGCUGAAGACACACACACUCUCACGAACAGACGCAUACACACUAGCUAACAGACACACACACACUCACGAACAGACGCAUACACACUAGCUAACAGACACACACACACUCUCACGAACAGACGCAUACACACUAGCUAACAGACACACAUUUACUGACAGACAUACAUACACACUCAACUGACAGACAGACACAUACACACUCACUUACAAAACACACACUUACUAACAGACACCAAACAGACUCACUAACAGACUCACACAAACACACUCAGUAACAUACACACACUGACACUAACACACCGCGGUAUGUACACCAGUGCAUGCAGAUACACAUACACUUAAAGGACCACUACAGACACCCAGAUCAGAUCAGCUCUGCUAUGUUUCACUGAGGGUUAAUCCAGCCUCUAGUGGCUGUCUCAUUGACAGCCGCUAGAGGAGCUUCCGCGAUUCUCACUGUGAAAAUCACAGUGAGAAGAUGCUGAACGUCCAUAGGAAAACAUUGAGUAAUGCUUUCCUAUGGGCGGUUUGAAUGCGCGCGCUGCUCUUAUCGCGCAUGCGCAUUCGGAGCUGAGCGGCAGAUUGAGGCGGAGAGAUCCCUAGCGCCAAGGGAGUCCGGCGCUGGAGAAAGGUAAGUGCUGAAGACACACACACUCUCACGAACAGACGCAUACACACUAGCUAACUUACACACACACACUCUCACGAACAGAUGUAUACACACUAGCUAACAGACACACAUUUACUGACAGACACACACUCAGUGACAGACAUACAUACACACUCAACUGACAGACAGACACAUACACACUCACUUACAAAACACACACUUACUAACAGACACCAAACAGACUCACUAACAGACUCACACAAACACACUCAGUAACACACACACACUGACACUAACACACACACACUCUAACACACACACACACUCUAACACAGACACACACGUUUUUUUUAAAAUGUAAUCCCCCAGCCUCCAUACCUUUGGGAGUGCAGAGGGGAUUCCCUUGGGUCCAGUGGUGUUGCUGGGCGGCCGGUCACCGGGCAGGCUGGCGGGCUCGCGAGGGUGCAUUCUUCCUAUUCAGCUCCCUCGCGCGCCACGUACUGAUGCCGGAGCCAGAAGAUGACGCCAUAGUCCCGCUCCGGCAUCAGUGCGGUGCGUGAGGGAGCUGAAGAGGGAACACUAAGGGGAGAGUGCUCCCACGCGCGCCAGCCUGUCCGCUGGGUGACACCAGGGCCAGCCUCGGGGGGACCCUGAGGUGGCCAGCUCCUGGGCCCCCCAUGAGAAGAGGCUGGGUACAUACCGGGCCCCUGGUGGGCCGGACCGGGCCUGGUCGCAACCGCGACCCCUGCUACCCGGUAUGUACGCCACUGUAUGUAACCAUACCGAACAGCUAUCUCGGACUUGCCUUCUUAUGAAUUUUAUUAAUUGUUGCAAGUGUAUGAUGAAUUGGUAUGGAGUUUUGAAAAAAAAAAAAUCAUAUUUCAGGUAGUACAAAUAAUACAUGUAUAUAAAAUGAAAUGUGAAGUAUUCUUUAAAUUUUAUCUUUUUUACAUCUAGUAAAAUUACUCUAGUGCUUCCAUUAACUGUACAUAAGCAACUGAAUUCUAUUUGUAAUUACAUUUUCCGAAUGCAAAGACUCUUGGAGUAUAGGGAAUAGAAACAUAAUGGCUUUUUCUUGGUCUGAACCCUUACUAUUUGAUACAGGUUUUCCACAGCAUUAUAGUGGUACUGCAUUAGAACCAUCUUUCUAGGCAAAUUACAAGUGCCCAUAAUCUCCCAUAGAUCCUUGUUUUGAACUGUCAUGGAAGUGUAAGAGUACAGUAGUGGCAUGGCUACUGGUAGAUUAAGCUGCAAAUAGCCAAAGAACAGCAUCGAGAAGAAAAUGAUGCCAAACAAAUAAAUGCUCAGAUAACUGUAUCUACCUUGGGGAGACUGUGUAAACUGUCCAAAGUGCUCACAACUUCUCAAAGCUGUGGAAAUUUGGACAGAUGAGGAAUAUUUCCUCAUCACCUAGGCGGCAGAAAGGGAGGGCAUUGAGUCCAGGAGGACUCUGUUAUUUGUCAAAUAAAUUGAUAACCGUUUGACAAAAUGGAGAGACAGUAGUCAGAGGUUCCACAGCCCUUUAUUAAUAUAAUAAGAUGUUUAGACUAGAGUUGCUCUUUAGAACUUUAGAAAAGAUAAGAAUUAUGAUUAUCACGUCUUGUCAUUGAGACAAGGAAAUAUUUGCAAAUCCCAUGGAAUGAAUGCAGGAAACAUUGGGUUACUGGUUUGGCAUUAAGAAAAAGGAAAAUUGGUUCUUGACAUGAAAUAUGAUUUCUAACUUGAAUUCAUUACAGUAGAUUUACAGAGAGUUGGAAGUGUCACAAAAACCCAAGAGGAAAGCAAAACAUUGUGGGCUACAUUUAUUAAGUAGUGCUUCAGCGUUCCACAGGAUUCUUUACAACAUAUUUAAUAGACCCUGAAGGUGUUUUCAGUAGCAUAAUGAUCCUUUAGCACACAGUUAUGUAUAUGAAAGCUGUUCUGUUAUGCGUGUAUUGGCUGGAACAUUUUUAGCUGUGGAACAAAAACAUUUGACCCUUUAUGGCCUUUUGGAAUGCAUGCGUAAUAAUAAUCUAUCAUUUCUGAUGCUGUGCUAAGCAACAUUUAGCUACAAUCCAAUUUCUAUAAAUAUGUACUAGCAAUUUUUAGAUAAUUCCCCGGAUUGCCAAUGGGAUUGAGAGCAGCAUGUAACACAAACGUUGUAAAAUAUUCACUUGCUGAAUCACUUCAAGGGUGCAUUAGCCUUGUAUUUGAGAUAUUGUCCUGCUGACAGAUUCAUUUCACUUUAUAGUGUAAUUGGGAUUGUAGCUUUUCAUUGUAUCUUGCUCUACCUGUUGUUAUCCCAGUAACUGUUAAUAAGCAAACCCUACACUUUGAUGCUUCUACCAAAAUUAAUCAUUAUUGGUAUGGUGUGGCAUGGGCCAUCUUUGUUUUGCUCCAUGCAUAGUUUUAUACAAAAAGUGCUAUCUUUGUAUCGUCUGACCCCAACAGCUUUUUUGCACCUGUUGCACUUGCUUUGCAACAAACUCCAGAUGUGCAUGCAGAUGAUACUUUUCGAAUAUGCAGUUAAUUUUUUUCCAAUAUACUGAUUUAGCAGCGUUCUUAAACACUACAUUUUGUAAGUUAGCCACUGGAAUUACUUGGGUAAUUAGACAUCCACAGCCAAACCAUGGACAUUUUGCCUCCACUGUUCACUUAAUAGGUUCAGUUGUAUUUAGCAGAUAUAAUGAUCAUCAACAAAUAGUAAGAGUCAAUCUACUUUUAGAAUCUGUUCAACCUGACAUGUGCAAAAUUAUUUAAACAGUAUAGUUACUCCAUUUAUUUUAUCUAAAGCAAUGGAAAGAUUCAAAGUUUCAGUCGGUUCUGGGGAUACAUUAUAAAUGCAGUUUUCUUGAAGAAUUAUGAUGUCAGACUUACUCUUUUUCACCUCUUUCUAAAAAAGUCUUGGUUUAUGAGGGGAGUUAGGAUCCUUAAUAUUAAUGGGGAUUAAACUAAUAUUGAAUCCCAUAAGAUAGAAAUUGAGUAACAUGGUUUAGAAUUUCUAAUUCUCUGCUUGCAGCAUAGCCAAAAAGAAAAGAGCAGGACAAGAAAAGGGUAAUAUUAAGAAGAGAGGUCUUUUAGUAAAGCAAACAUAGGCCACUAUUUAAUAAGCUUUCCAAAUGAUUUGUCGACUGAACUCUAUGGCGAUUUUUCUAGAUAAAUAAUUUGGAAAGUUUUCUAACAGUAUUGCAUUAGAAAGCUUAAUAAAUUGAAGCUAUGAUGUGUGGACGUAUACAAAAGUCAGGUGUACAGCACCAUAGAGCAGACUAAACAAGAGUAGUUGAUCAACAUUAAAAAAUGUUUCAGUCUCACUAACAUUCUAUGCUUAAUAACCAUUUUUGCCAUUCUUGUCUAAACAUCCUUCACUCUGGAGCUGAGGGCACUAAUGUCCUGAGCUACAACUAGCUGAUUUCUCUGAAUAUCAAAGUCAAUACAUUCCUGUACCCCUGGUAAACAAUUCAAGAUGGCUUUUAUAUAUAGGAUGUAGUGGCCAAAGGUCUUGAGUUACAGAUGUUGUAGUUCCUACCUGUUAGUCUUCCAUGCAUCUCAGUGUUAAGUUUGGGGCAACAACUGGAUCUUUGCCCUUGUUUUAAUUAGAUGGGACCAGUAUAUAGUUGAAAUGGUUGACCCAGUGUGAAGGUAAGCAGGUGCAUAAACAUUUUAUAGAAAUAUAACUUCAAAGAGAUUUAGUACUUAACAGGUUGGAUUCAUGUAUAAUAAGAUGAAAGCAAUGUCUGUUUUUUUUUUUUUAUUACUUUAUUUUUGCAUUGGCAGGUAGUAACAAAAAGAGCUGUACUCCAAGGUUUGCUCAGAAGCCAAUGUUCACAAAUGUAGUAUACAUAGUAUCGUUUAUACAUGAAAUAUCAUUGAGUGGUAUUGCAUGUUAGCGCCAUUUGGAGUGCUGUACUGUAGCAGUCUGCCAGUAUUUUACAAUUAAUAUGCAUAAUAAAUUACAGAAUAACUUAGUAACUUUCUAGCAGAACAGAAAAGGAAAAUAAUCGGCUCUGCGAUUCUAUAGUGUUUGUGGUACGUUCCCUUGGUAAAGGUGUCAGGUCUCAGUACGUAAGGAGGUGUGUGCGCGAUUGGGUAUCGCUUGUGUGUCUAGUGCAGAUCAUCGUAUUGUUCCCACAGCUCCUAUACCUUGUUAAAGGUGGGAACGGUGUUUCGGACCUGUGCUGUUAGUUUGUCCAUGAGAUAAUUGUCCCUUAUUUUCGUGAGUACAUGGGCCAUGUGAGGCAGGUCGGGGCUUGCCCAUUUUUGUGACAGUGUCCGUCGUGCCGCCAGGUACACCGUAUUUAGUAACUUCUGUUUGUGUCGAUUAAGCCCCUCAGUGGGCCUGGACAACAGACAUCCCCAUGGGUCAAGUUCCAGUUGCCUCUGAAGUGCCUGGGAGCCAAGAGCUACCACCUCUUCCCAAUAUGCCUUUACUUUCGGGCACUGCCACCACAUGUGUAUGUAGCUGCCCUUAUUACCACACAGAUGCCAGCAGGCAUCUGUGGGGCUCAGUUGCAUGUGAUAUUGUUUUACAGGUGUCGUGUACCACCUAAAGAGUGUCUUGUAACUUUGCUCCUGAAGUGUGACACACAUGGAUACUUUGGUGCAUGCCUGCCAUAUCUCCUGCCAGUCCAGCCCUUCUAGAACCUCUCCCAGGUCGGCCUCCCAUUGGUCUGUGUAUCUGAGGAUUCCCCAUUCCCCUGAUUCCGAGCUGAUGUGUUGGUAUAGCAGCAUGAUAAGUUUGGUUUGGGCUGUUUCUUCAUAGCAUAGUUUUUCGAAAAACGUUAAUGGGUGUCGUGCUGCUAAUCGGAUCUUUGGAGUGCGAGCGAAGUCCCUGAUUUGUAAAUAGCGGAAGUAAUCCCUAUUCUGGAGUGGGGACUUUGUUUUUAGGUGGUCAAAUGUGACUAUAUCGUUGUCUAUAUAUAGAUGCAUGUAUCUUUGUAGCCCUGUGGCUUCAAUGCCUCUGAAGUCCCUUGCCCUAAGUCCUGGGGGGAAUGCUCUGUUUCUGAGAACUGGUGUUAAUGGUUUGCUGGCUAAUGCAUAUUUUGUUUCGCUUGGCCCCAUAUGUGCAGGGAGUUCAGAAUGGCUGGGCAGGCAGUUCUCAAGAGGGGUCAUUGCGUUUUGGGGACCCAUAAGUAGAACUGGGGUAAAUCCGCUCCUGUCAAUAGGGACUCUAAGUCCACCCAUCUCCUGUAAUCUGGAGGUGAAUGCCAGUGUAUGAUCUGGGCUAAUUGAGCAGCUAGGUAAUAGUGGUACAAGUGGGGAAAGCCAAGACCCCCUCUAUUUUUGGGUCGAUACAAUAUAUUGCGUACUAUUCUGGGUCGGUUUUUUUGCCAUAUAAAGGAAUCUAUCGCUGUCUGCAUGGAUGUCAGAUCUCCCUUUGUUAUCCUUACAGGUAGGGACUGGAACAGGAAUAGUAGUCUUGGCAGUAUAUUCAUUUUUAUUGUAUGUAGUCGUCCUAACAACGAGAUGGGUUUGUCGAUCCACUUCUCUAAGUCAUCUAUCAAUGUUUGAAAAAGCUGGGUGUAGUUUCUAUGGUAGAGAGAGGCAGGAUCCACUGUCAGGGUGACCCCCAGGUAUCUAAACUCCCUCAAUUCUAUCUUGAAGUGGUAAUUUCAGAUGGAGGACAUUUCUGGGGGCCGAGAGGUGGAAGGGUAGUGCUACUGUCUUAGAGGGGUUUAUUUUAUAGCCUGAGAAGUCCCCAAAUUGUGUUAUGAGGGUCACUAGGCUGGGCAAGCUCUGGAUCGGGUCUGCUAGGGUCAGCAGUACGUCAUCCGCAUAUGCCACCACUUUAAAGGGUUUAUUUGCUAUUCCUACCCCUUCGAUUUUUGGGUCUGAUCUGAUCGCUAUGAUUAGUGGUUCAAGUGUGAGGCAAACAGCAGUGGUGAGAGUGGGCAGCCCUGCCGCGUGUCAUUGUGUAGUGGAAAGGGGGUUGCGGGAGCUCCCGUAAUGAGUGUUUGGGCCUUCAGGUUUGUGUACAGUGCUCUGAUGGCAGUGCAGAAGGGGUCAGGGAAACCUAGUUUGCGUAGUAGUUCAAAGAGGUAAGGACAUUCAACCCUGUCGAAAGCCUUCUCAGCGUCUAACAAGAGAGCCAGAGAGGGCCUUCCCGCUUCCCUCAUGUGCCAUAACAGGUCUGCAAUUCUACGAGUAUUGUCGUAGAGCUGGCGUCCCGGCAUGAAUCCCAACUGGUCUGGGUGUAUCAAUUGUGUCAGCAGUGGUGUGAGUCUAUUGGCAAGAAUUGUGGCAAAAAAUUUUUACGCCGGAGUUAAUCAGCGAUAUGGGUCUGUAGCUAGAUGUAAGGGUGAGGUCUUUAUCUGGUUUUGGCAGUAGGACUAUGUUGGCUGUGGCCAUGGCUGUGUCUGGUGUGCCUCUCUCGCGGAAAUGGUUGCAUAGGUUCACUAGGUAGGGUGUUAGUUCAUCCUUAAAGUAGCUCAUAUCAUAGCCGUCGGGGCCCGGUGCUUUGUUGCCCUUCAUGUGGGACAUGGCCGUCUUUACCUCUUCGUCUGUGAUCAGUGCUGAUAGGUCCCCUAUGUCUUCGUUAUUGACCCGUGGCAGUGGGAGGCGGUCAAGAAAGGAUGUUAUGUGGGCCAUGUAGUCUAGGUUAUCAGAGGUGUGGUGUGGGGAGUGAUUAUAGAGUGCUCUAAAGUAGGCCGUGAAUUCCGCGUUUAUUUGCGCUGGUGUGGUGGCGGUGUCACCUUUGGGUUUUUGUAUUUUAGUGAUAUGUUUUCUUGUCUGGGGCUGAGUUGUCUAGCCAACAGAGUGUCCAUCUUGUUCGCCUUUUCGUAGUAGUGUCUUUUAGACCAUACCGCGGAGCGGGCUAUAUCUUCCAGUGUUAGUUCUUUGAUAGUGUGCCUAGUGGCAUUAAGUUCAGCCAGCUUAGGGUUGGAAGGAUGUGUUUUGUGUUGUUGUUCCAGUCUUUGUAAGCUCGAUAGGAGCUUUAGUAGGAGUUUUGUCUUUUUCUUUUUUGAUGAAAUCCCCUCUUAUGACUGUCUAGUGUGCCGCCCAAAGCGCAGUGGGAUCCAUACCAGUUGUACAGUUUAGUGUGAAGUAUGUGGAGAUAGCCUCUUUAAUGGAGGCUCGUACUCCCUCAUCCUUGAGUUUAAUCUGCAAGUCCAAUUAGUGCCAUAUUGCAAUGUAUCUAAUGUGAUAGCUAUAUCGGCGUGGUCUGACCACGUGAUGCUAUUGAUUUCCGUGUGGAUUGUUUUAUGCAUGCCUGUGUUGUUGACGAGUAGAUUGUCAAUUCGUGAGUAUGUGUCAUGCGGGUUGGAAUAAAACGUGUAGUCUUGAGUAUCUGGGUGUUGAAGUCUCCAUGCGUCUAAGAGGCCGGUGUGAGUUAUAUAUUCAUGUAGUAGCUUGUCCUGCCUCCCUCUACCUUGGGAUCUCAGAAUUCCUGGUUUUGUGCUUCUGUCCAUUGCUGGGCAUGGUACUGCAUUAAAAUCCCCUCCCACCACUACUGUCCCCCUGCCAAGGGUCAUCGUGAGGGUGUUCAGUGCGUCCCAGAAGGAGGUGUCCGGGUCAUUAGGAGCAUAAACGUUAAUGAUGCUGAGUUUAGUGUUAUAUAGGGUUCCUGUCACCAGAACAUAUCUUCCCUCUGGGUCUGAUUGGCUCGUGGUAAUUGUGAAGGGGCACCGUUUGUGAAUGAGGAUUGCUACCCCUGCCCGUUUCCUGCAGUGUCUCGCUUUGUGUACAAUAGUGUAGUUCCUGUCCCUCAGUGAGGUGGGUGCCGACCUGGGGAGGUGUGGAUAUUCAGCAAGUUUUAACCUGCAGGGUGGCAGAUGUGGUCUGUAGGAGGCCAAUAUAUCAGUGCAAAGUUGGGCCAAAGUCAGCACCAUGUGCUGAAAAUUCUGUCCAGGUUGCUGAACUAGGUGACGUUGCAACUGCAGGUCAGAGAGAGACCACAAUUUCUAUUCCUGUAAAAUAAAAAAAACCUAAAAAAAAAACAACCCACAAUGAUGCAUAACUGAAGACAGAGCACAUAGGGGAACUCAUAGUCUGCAAUAGCAGGUUAGAAUGGUGCAAAUAAUUCAAUAAGCGUGGGAUUCUGCAAUAUAAAGUCAUAUCCUGUAUAAUGGACAUCCUGUUCAGCUAGCAAGCCAUACCCCUUCAUGCCACACUUCUGAAGCUCUUUUAAUAUCCCAGUCUGCUUAUAGGUGCAUCCACCUGUGGGAUUUGUAUGUUUAUCACACUGGCAUGCUGAUUUUAUUGCCAGCACAUCUAUAUGUGCAUGGAAUAUCCUAGCAUUUCCUCAUGCCCCUGGAAAAGAGUGAAACGAAAUAGUUUCUUUAUGCGUUUGCAGUUAGCACAACGUAUGGUUUAAAUCCUUUGCAGUUUAAAGUAAAAAGCACCUUAAGUCAUGUUAGGCACACUUUCAGAUUUCUAUAGGUGUUCAGCAGUCGCCAUCACAAAAUCAAUAGACUCAACCAAAUGUUUUUCACUGUUUAUUACACCUGACCACAAGCAUGCGGCACGUCUUUUCGACCUUUUUUGAAAAUUGAUGUAGGUCAACAACUAUAUUUCUGCUGCUCAGGAAGCACAGCUACCAAUACAUAAGAACAUUACAGCUCUGGAAAAAUAUGAGUAAGUCAGUAAGUGGGUGCUAAUCCUUUGUCUGAGUGGUACUUGCCAAUAGUUUAGUUUUCAGUUCCUGUUACUCAGAACAGUCAGUCCUGUGUUGGUGGGCAGCUUUGGGAGAGAUUUGUCACUGUGUUGUAGUGGCACAGAACCCCUUAGUACUAUGCCGUGAGAUAAAUCACGUAAUUAUGGAAGGUCUAUAUGCUUUUGACCAUGACAUUGUGAGUUGGCAACGCAAUACAUAACUCACUUCAUUGCUAACCACGCAGAAAUAUUGGAUAAAAAACACUCAGAGGUUGACUCUUGCAUACCAACUGUUUUUAAUAAAACAACACUUUUGUAACUAAUAAGCAGGUUAAGGAAAGUAGAAUUCCACCUAUAGUCAAUCUCUUAUUUGCAAGUCAAAAUUAAAACAAUAUCUGGUCCUAGACAAGAAACUCUGUCCUCCAGAACACAUAAAUAUAUACUACUUCUUUACAGCUUGCUCAAAUAUUUGUAUGUUUUCUGAGCUGUAGGAAACGAUUGCUAAGUAUGAGGCAUGCAGGGUGCCCGAUAAUCAAGAGGGAGAAGCUUUUCCCUCUUUUCCAUUUCCUUUUUCCCUCUUGAAUGGUCCCCACUCCAUCCUGUGCUGUGAUGAAGUCUAAUAGAAAAUGAUGAGUUACUUAGGAUUUCUUAACAACCAGCAUGGUUGCUUUAUUCACCAUGCCCUCUGUGCUGUGGGAUGGGGUAAAUUAAUAGGCCAGGGGGAUCCCAAUCCCCCGAAUGUAAAGUAGACAUCUGCUGGGAUGAAGACUUGUCAUUCAUAAACAUAAAAGGGAAGUGCCUAAUUUUCCUAAAAUGAAUAGAGACCAACUGACCCUCAGCUCAAAAAGUACAGUUCUCAAAGGUGCCUAAUCAUUAUUCUCUAUAAUAGUGUUCACUUUCAAGAACAAAUAAUGUAGAACCAGAGAUGCCCAACAUUUCUGAUAGUAUACACACAAUCAGAUAAAGUCCUUAUCAUAAAAUUAAAUCUCUGUGCCACACAUUUGCUCUUAAAUAUAUGCAGCUAAUACUAAGCAUUACCAAAAUUCAUUCUACAUGAUUGUCGGUCUUUGUUUGAUAAUGAUGAAAGUGACGAUGUAAUGGUUCCUCCACAUUCACCCAGUGUAGUUUUCCCAGUUUCAGUGUUCUCUCUGACAUGUCACCUGUCGUUUCAGAAUACCUAAACAGCUUUCAGUAACAAUAAUGACAAAGUUUAUUACAUCCUUGUAAUGUAAAAAUAUAAAAAAAGGAUCACUUUGGGAUCCUUGUAACUGAAAGAUGCUUGACUGCUUUGCCAUGACAGGUGAUGACAUUGCUGUGUGAACACAUGGCUGGAUAACAGCUAACUUCAAGCUAAGAUCACUGAAAUCUUUGACCACUUUAUGCAAAGGGGAGAAGUUGGAAAUCUAUUAUCUCAUCCAUUUCUGCAUCAUUGCAUCAUUAAAUGGUAACCGACCUUCAAUCAAGUGAAGUAUACAUAACAUAGAAAUAGUACUCCUAAACAGUGAUACAGCAGCUGUCGCACAUGGAGCAAAGUGAUUCACAAAUGCAUAUUUAAAUGUACAUAAUCUGUACUUGAAGUGAAUCACAUGGCAUUUGUGAGAACUUCACCUUCAACACUCAUAAUAUAGUUGAACACCACCAGGCAGCCCAUCAUCUUGACACCACUUUAGAGGCUGGCAUGGUACAAGUUAACAUUAAUUAAAUUAUGGUCAUGCCCACUCCCAGCACCAUCCCCACCAACAUCGCCCUCUUCCAAUUAUUAUUACUAAACAAAAGACUUAGUGCACAAAUUAAAAACUAUACGGAAAUAUAAUCUAUGACACAGAAAUUAUAGUUGGUAUUAUUUAGAAACAUAGAAUGUGAAGGCAGAUGAGAACCAUUCGGCCCAUCUAGUCUGCCUAUUUUUUUAAAAUACUUUCAUUAGUCCCUGGCCUUAUCUUAUAGUCAGGAUAGCCUUUCUUCUGAUGCAUUAACCAGGCUGCAUUUAUGGAGCAAAUUAUACCUUAAACAAUUUGCAUAUAUAUUAAAAAAAAAUAAAACUCAUCAUUCCAAAGCUGUAACAUUUGUUGUCCACCAAGCCUUGAAGAAGACAAAUAAACCAGUUCCCUUCCAACUCAGUGAUUUUCAUCCAGAUGUUUUGCAGUGGGAGAAGCGUAGUGUAAUUCAAAAUAAAUUUUGAUAUUGUAAAAGGAAAAAGUAAUAUCCUUGAAAAUUUUUAAAAUGUUUGAAUAUGAGAUUUUGUGGUGGUUAUGGUAGGGGAGACUUCAGCCAUUCCAGACUACUCUACUUCUUGUUACUCUGAUUAGCAAUACACCAACCAAAUAAAUGGUCCCUUCCAUCCUAGGUGGCUGAUAAUUAAUUUUUAAACAUGAGCCAAUGAGUUUUUCUUUUUGCUAACCAUUCAACAUGCCUGAACACGCAUUUAUUAUCAACAUUUAACUCAUUUUAAGUUACAUAUGGUGCCUAUUUACUGACCUUAUUCAUGAGAAUAGUAUUUAGCGUUGGGUGUUGGGAUUCAAAUUAGCACAAAUCUAUUUAAUGUUCUCGCCUUGUAAUAAUCUAGCAUUUGUCAAAUACUUCUGAUCUCAUUUUCCAGGAGGAAAUUUCUGUGCAGGCUUUGAUUUGAAGGAGGUUGCGCACGGCUCCAGCACACUGACUAUAGAGCCCGAUGUAACUAAAGGCCCUGGUCCAAUGGUAAGCGUAAUUAAAUGCAGUUAUGUUUAUAACUUAGUAAACAUUGUAAAUGAUGACAGUUAUCGAAGAUUAAAUGAUUACUUAAAAGCAUCACAACCACUACAGCCCACUUAUUUAAUCGUCAUUCAUUGGCUGAGAACAUCAGCUGACCGGCACACUGUGUAAAAAACAUUUGUACAGAAUUGAUAUUAGUCAGCCUACAACUAGGUGGAGGUUGAGUGGAGGUGCAAAGGGAGGUGGAGUUACCUCUAGCAUCCAUGGGGUUAAACCUGAUAUGUGCAGCUAUUGCACUGCAAAAUGCUGUACAUACAGGCAACUGGAAAAAGCAGCACAGAGUGGGAGAAAACGUAAAAAGUAAACUAUACUGCAGCUUCCAAUUACAAUAGCUUAGCUCUGCCCAGGGCCGUCCCGUCCAUAGGUCCUGGUGGGACCAUGGCUCCAGGCGGCACUCUGAAUGCCGCCCCUGUCAUUAUCUAAUAGAAUAAUAACCAUAUGGAGGCCUUCACUUUCCCCGAUCAGCCACUCCGCCAGGGCGGGAAGUGAGGCCGCCCCAAAUUCUUAUAUGUCAGGGGCGUCGUGAAAAGAGUGGAGGGGUUGCCCAGGCACUCAGGGUUAUGGGAAGGUUCAGCACUGCAAUUCCCGCGCAUUACCUGCAGUGCAAGACGGAACUUCAGCAUUCAAGUGCUGUGGCAGGGCUGCUCCUGUUGCUGUAGGUUGGGCAGAGCGGCAGAAUCCCACUCCGUGUCUGACAUUUGAUACAGUUCCACACAAUAGAUUAGUGUUCAAACUCAAGGAAAUCGGUCUAGAUGAAAAUGCUUGUUCUUGGGUAGAACAUUGGCUUAAAAACAGAGUACAAAGAGUUGUCAUUAAUGGUAAAUUUUCAAGCUGGACAGAGGUGUCAAGUGGUGUCAGGGGUCUGUUCUGGGACCCCUUCUAUUUAACAUGUUUAUAAAUGAUCUUGAAGACAGCAGCCCUGCCGCGUGCCGUUGUAUAGUGGAAAGGGGGUUGUGGGAGCUCCCGUAAUGAGUGUUUGGGCCUUCAGGUUUGUGUACAGUGCUCUGAUGGCAGUGCAGAAGGGGUCAGGGAAACCCAGUUUGCGUAGUAGUUCAAAGAGGUAAGGCCAUUCAACCCUGUCGAAAGCCUUCUCAGCGUCUAACGAGAGAGCCAGAGAGGGCCUUCCCGCUUCCCUCAUGUGCCAUAACAGGUCUGCAAUUCUACGAGUAUUGUCGUAGAGCUGGCGACCCUGCAUGAAUCCCAACUGGUCAGGGUGUAUCAAUUGUGCAAAUGCUUGUUCUUGGGUAAAACAUUGGCUUAAAAACAGAGUACAAAGAGUUGUCAUUAAUGGUAAAUUUUCAAGCUGGACAGAGGUGGCAAGUGGUGUCCCUCAGGGGUCUGUUCUGGGACCCCUUCUAUUUAACAUGUUUAUAAAUGAUCUUGAAGACAGCAUUGAAAGUCAUGUUUCAGUGUUUGCAGAUGACACAAAACUCUGUAAAAUAAUACAAUGUGAGCAAGAUAUUACUUUGCUGCAGAGGGAUUUAGAUAGACUGGGGGACUGGGCACUCAAAUGGCAGAUGAAAUUUAAUGUUGAAAAAUGCAAAGUUAUGCACUUCGGCGUAAAGAAUACACAAGCAACGUAUACCCUUAAUGGAAGCGAAUUAGGAAUAACAACACACGAAAAGGACUUGGGAAUUGUUAUAGACAACAAUCUAUGCAACAAUGUGCAAUGUCAAUCAGCAGUGGCCAAGGCCAGUAAGGUAUUGUCAUGCAUGAAAAAGGGCAUUCAUUCUCGGGACGAGAAUAUCAUUUUGCCUCUUUAUAAAUCACUGGUAAGACCAUAUAUUGAAUAUGCGGUGCAAUUUUGGCAACCUGUUCUAAAGAAGGAUAUUAUGGCACUAGAAAAAGUGCAGAGGAAGGCUACAAAGUUAAUAAAAGGAAUAGAACAUAUCAGCUAUGAAGAAAGGUUAACAAAUUUAAACCUAUUUAGUUUAGAAAAACGUCGCCUCAGAGGGGAUAUGAUAACAUUAUACAAAUAUAUUCGGGGACUAUACAAACCAUUGUGUGGAAUUCUAUUCACAAACCGGACUUUACAUAGGACACGAGGUCAUGCGUUUAGACUGGAAGAAAGAAGAUUUCGUCUAAGGCAAAGGAAAGUUUUUUUUUACUGUAAGAACAAUAAGGAUGUGGAAUUCUCUGCCUGAAGAAGUGGUUUUAUCAGAGUCCAUACAGAUGUUCAAACAGCUGCUAGAUGCAUACUUGCAAAAACAGAAUAUUCAAGGAUAUAAUCUUUCAAUGUAGGGUAAUAACUGCUUGAUCCAAGGAUAAAUCUGACUGCCAUUUUGGGGUCAAGAAUGAAUUUUUUUCCUAGCUUGUUGCAAAAUUGUGCUUCAAACUGGGUUUUUUGCCUUCUUUUGGAUCAACAGCAAAAAACAAAUGUGAUGAAGGCUGAACUUGAUGGACGCAAGUCUCUUUUCAGCUAUGUAACUAUGUAUGACAUGCUACCACAGGGCAGCAAAGACGGCAGGACACGGAGCUCCCUAAUGCAGGAACCGGCAGACAGGAGUUAGGCAGCAGCAGUGGGGACGUGAGGAGCAGGGUAAGGGUAAGUUUCAUGAUUGGCUGAAGUGCACACAUUGUAUGUUGCACAUAGUAAGCCAAUCCUAGACACUCAUAGACACACUGCACUUCACCCCCAGCACUCACACAGGCACACUACAUCUCCAGCUCACUCAUAGACCCACACUUAACCAGUGGCAUCACAAGGCAGGUGCAGGGAGUGCGGAUCAGGGCAGGGUGACACCAGGGCCAGCGCAUCCUUUAGGGUGCACCGGCUCUGGGGGCGCAGGAUACGAGUGACCUGGCUGGAGAGAAGCGCACAGCGCUCCUUCCUGCCAAUCACUCUGAGUAGCGUGGCCAGGUGGGGUGGACCGCGGUACAGAAGCUUCCUGUAGCCGGCUGGACUUACAGGAAGUGAUCUCUCAGUAAGCACUUCCUGUCAGUCCGGCCGGGUAUGGGAAACAGAAGCUCCUGUAACGUGGUCCACACCGCCCGGUCAGGCUACACAGGAAGGUAGGAGGCACACAAGGGAAGGGGAGAUACCACCAGGGUUUGAGUUGUUUUAAAGUAUAAAAGUUUUAAAGUAUACAGUAAACAGGCUAAACAGACAUGUCUAGUUCAAAUUGCUAAUAAGAGAUGAGUGCUUAUUGUAGAUCGACAUGUUAAGAUGAGGCAAACAAUUAAUAAUCAGCUUGCAUACCAUAUGUCAGCGAGUGGAGAACUAAAGAAGUAAAUAAAACAGGCUAAGCUUACUGACUAUAUGGUUAGUCGUAGUAGUAAAGUAAUUGGAUGCAAGCAAUAUCAUCAGGCUAAUUCUUAAAAGAGAAGUGUAGUACAGGAGUCCACCACAAUGCAAGUAUAGAUGAUGCUUAUGUCGGUGGGUUCACUACAGUGCAUCCAUGAACCCAGUGUGCCUUCAACCGAUUCCCAAUUUGAGGGGAGACUGCAGAGCUCUCGGUAGGAGAUUCCCUGCAAGUGGGUUUUUCGCCUUUUGGGAGUACCACUUGUGAAUGCUCACCACACUGCCACGUGAUCCACCGCAGAGUAUCCGCAUAGUUAUGCCGAGUAGUUGCCUUCCUCCCCUACCUGUUUCAGGGCCAUCACCCCUGAGCCACGGCCUUGAUUAAUUUGCAGGGCCAAGUCCAUCCCAUGUGAGGGGCAACGGAAGUCCCUGAUGGUUUGGAGCCUAUUUUGGCCCUCGGGCCCUCGCUUGUAUGGGCGGUGUCAUGGGGGCACGCGCCUUUUGGCCCUUAGUCUGGGAGGGCGGACAGCUUGGGUAUUGUCCUGGUUGUACCCAGGGAUGUAUUAACCACAAGGCAAACAAGACAUUUGCCUAGGGUGGCACUUUCAGGGGGGGGCACCAAAAAAAUGCCACCCCAAGCUCCCAGACAAAUGCCUUGUUUGCCCUUGGUUCUGGGGCUGUCCACCUUACUGUGAGUGAGUGAGUGAGUGUAGCUGUCAGUGUGUGUCUGUGAGUGAGAAUGGGUGUGCCUGUGAGUGUGUGUCAGUGUGUGUAUGUCAUUUUAUGUGUAUCUGAGAGUGUGUGCCUGUCAGUGAGUGGGUGUGUCAGUGUGUAUCUGUCAGUGAAAGUGUGUGUUGGUUAAACAGUGUGUGCCAAUGACUGUAUCUGUCAGUGAGUGUAUAUCAGUGCAUGUAUCAAUGAGGGCAUGUGUCUGUCAGUCAAAAAAAUGGCCUUGACACGAAUUGGGGGGGCAAAUUUUGAUUUUGGGGGUGCCCGAAUUUAGUCGUGCGUAGGGCAGCACAAAUCCAAAAUACACCUCUGGUUGUACCCUCUCACCUUCUUGCCCCUGUGUCUCCGUUAUUUCACCAUAGGUGAAGGGCGUAAUGUCGUCUCAUGCUUUUUUGGGUGUAUGAGGGUGGGAGUGGUCCGUCUGAUGGGAGCAGAUACGUUGCGCUGUGCGAAUCUUGUGAUGAGCUGCAGCUCCUACUGAGCUUCCUGGCUUUACUUUGCUAACGUUCUAAUUUCAGGCAAAAGUCAGUGAACAUUUUAUCAAGCCGAGCCAAGCUUGUUUCCAGUGAGUUAAGUGCAGUAGGGGUUGUGGGGCAUCCAACAUUUUAACUCGAUCGGUGUCACAGGCUUUGUGCAGCUGAGGUGCUAGCCGGUCCACAGUCCCUCCAGUAGCAGGUAGGUAGAGUCGAUUCGCUGAUGCCGGGAUAUGCCUCACCGGUGACUCCCCACAGGAAUGUAGAUAGAGUCGAUACAUGUCUUCAUGCUUAUGCUCUGCAGUAGUACUGCUGUGACAGAGCUCUCCUCCCAGUUGAGCCUGGGCCUUAAGGGGAAUUCUUGGCACAAGUCCAAGGACACUCCAUGCCGCUUGGCAGGGUCAAGGCCUGUGGGUGCUCCAGAUGACGUGGAACCUUCUGGGUACUUGGGCGGCUGGGUGGACAUACCUCCUGGUGGACCCCAGAGCAAGACCGGUAGUCUAGCACAGCAUCACGAUUCUCCGGCAAAUCAGGUGGGGUAAGAGUGCCCGAUCAGCUGUAAAUUCGCCUCCAAAACUCCUGGCAUAGCAUUUCAAAUUGGGCCCUGAAGUGUUCCCGCCAGGUCCCAUUCUCCAAGCCCCCUUGAGACCGAGGAACCGGUGGCUCAGCGGCCAUCUUAGGCACACCACGUGGUCUCCAAUGCGUCAGUAAAUUUUGCUGGUUUAGAGAGGUGAGUAUCCCCAGCAGUGUCCAGUAUAUCCCCCACCAGUCUAAAGUGAGGGUUGCGGGGUGGACAAACAGAUGCUGUUUGAUGUGUGCCACAUAGCAGGAGAUCAGCCACCUCCCCCCGCCACAAGGCAAUCAGGCCUUGUACUUGAACGGUGAGAAUUCUUAGCUCAAAGGUGUGAGACACGUAAUCCCAAGCUUCCUAUGCGUAUAGCAGUUGUGUGCUGCUCAAUCAAGGUUGCCUCCAGUUCACUAUUGAGUAAUAAAUACUGAAAGUUAGCUCUGUAUUGUGGGAGCUGAAUAGAAACACGUCCGGCCAGCUUGGCUGCGUGGCCCUGCCCCCUGCUUUUGAGUUUUUCAUAUAGGCGGAUUGUUUACAUAAAUAAUCCUUUUUACUGUAUUUGAAUUUAUUUGACAUUCCAACUCAAUCAGGAAACAUACAUAAGACAAAGUAAGGGCUACAUUGUCUCAUGUUUGACCCAAUUGUUGGCAAAAUACAGCAAAGAACAGAUCUUCUGCUGCCACAUCCUGUCGUUUUUCAUUAGCCAUCGCUUUCAACAGCUGAUGUGAACAUUUAUAUUCUCAUGUGAUGCAGAGUAUAUGCCUGUGGUAUCUUAAAGGGUGUGCAAUAGAAGACCAGUGCAAGAACUCAUGGUCUUGUAGCUUCUUCCAUUUAUCACCCAUUUUGUUUUUGAUUGACAUGGCUUCUGGAAAUUGAAACCGCCAGAAACCAAAGGAACAUAAGCAGUGGCCAUGCAAGUGGACAUGUCAUCUAGGAGGGUAAAUAAUGUAAAGAACCCACAAAUGACAAUGCUGUUUUAAGCCAAUGCAGUGUAAUGCAAUGUACCAACACCCUUCAGCAACUGUUUUCUAACUUUAAUAUUGCCUAUUUUUUUUAUUAGACUUUGAUGCUUAGGAUUCUAAAUAUAUAUUUUUUUGUAUGAAACUCUGUCAUAGGGAUAAGCAAUUAUUGCAAUGUUUUCACAGGGACCAUCAAGAAUGCAAUUUUCAAAACCUGUUAUUGCUGCAGUGAGUGGUUAUGCUGUAGCUGGUGGUCUUGAGCUGUCACUUCUGGCAGAUCUUCGUGUGGUGGAGGAGAGUGCCACUUUUGGAGUGUUCUGCAGACGUUUCGGUGAGGUUUUUUUACAUUAAAUCUUUUAAAUAUUUUCACUUCUUUUUGUACACUUUAGUAGUCCUCUUAAAGAUACGCAUAGUGCAAAAUAAAAUGUGUUAGGCUUAUAAUUCAGAGAUGUAGCAACUUGUAUGUGAGGCUAUGAGAUCAAAGGAAAACACACACAACAUUGCUAAAGGCAAAAUAAAAGACUAUAAAUACCUAGAUAUGUCAUUUACAUCUUUUGUGUAUUUUGAUCUAUAGGGCUUCAGAAGUAAGAACAUUUGAGUCAGAAUAGAGAAUUUUUAGAGUGGAUCAUUGGAAACACACAUUGCACACUCUUGUUAUCUAGAGACAUUUCUAGACAUACAUUCAUUGACAUAUUUUUAUUUUUAUACAUAUUUUCUAUUUAUUUUCAACAGUGUACAUGACUGCAAGCACCCCAAAAGCAUUAAAUUGAGGUGUUUGUUUAUUAAUAAAGCCCAUACUUUUCCUGUAGUUUAUUUAUUAUACUACCAUGCAAUAUGUGAUAUAGUUGCUACAGUAUUUAUAAAGCAUUUAUAAAAUGGCCAAUUUUGUGACACAUAUUUUGAGAUUGAUUUAUUGAUCGUCUUGUAUUAGCUAAAGUUUUCAAAACAAACAUAUUUGCUAUUAUCUUCUUGUUUCUGGUCUAUUUCUGCAUAUUAUUCAGUAUUGUGCCUUUAUUUUAUAACAUUUUGUUAAUCAUGUUUUAAUGUUUCCCUCAGAUUUAGCUUUUCUUUUCAAAAAGAAAAGUGCUUAUCUGUCUUCUCUGUUUGCUUAUAGAAUUUUUCACUAUUUAGUCAUUUUUGGCUUCUAUUCAUUAAAUGAAUGAAUUUAAAUGAAUGGGCCUCUUUGCAAACUGUAUUUCCACAGCAAAUUGGCUUUUUUUUCUCUACUAAUAAACAGAAGGAUUAGUUAAAAAAAGCUUCUGAAAGGCAACAUAUGUUGGGGGAUAAUUAGUAUCUCCCAGAAGAUCCAAUAAGAAAUAAAGUGAAGUGUAAAGGGAGAGAAUAAAAAAAACCAGUGGAAUAUAAUGCAUUAUUUUGGAGAGAAAAAUACAGGGGCUGCAAUCAAAAAAACAACAAUUCUUCCUAGAAAUACUGAAAAUAGUAUAUCAAGUAACACCUUAAAAUGCUUGAAUUACCUAAAAUGUGUACAAAGCUCUAUAUGAGGUAGAGGAGACAAGAACAGACAGGUCACACUUUAAAAUGCUGCAGCUACAAAAACAUACAUAUAAAAGUUCCUACUGAGAUAAAGUGUCCAAACUAGGAAUUAAAACUGUUACAUAAAUAACAGAACUUUGUUUUAAGUGCAGGAUUUUAAUGCAAAAUGUCCCUGGUGUCAGGUCCGCUGCCCCUGCGCCGCUUGCGGUGUCCUUGUUUACCCCAUCACCGCGAACGGCAUCUUCCAGUUCCUGUCCACGGCUUGCGGCUGUCCCUGCCGCCGCCACUCCCCAACCUGACAGUGUUUCUGAUGCUGUACGCUUCAAGGCAGCUUCCUUAUAUGUGUGUGCAAUGCUGUGUUCCAUUGAAUGCAGGGUGAUUAGAGAGGGGCUUCUUCUGGGCUUUGUGCCAUCCAGUUAGUGUAGAGGAUAAGAAUAUUGAAGAGUUGUCAUCCUAAGCAUCCAGACGCGUUUUGCCAUAGUCUCGUUUUUUGUUUUUUUCAAUGGUGCACCAUUGAAGGUUGGGUGUCUGUAGCAAAUUUCAUGUUACUGUAUUCAUAAAUCUUUAUUUGCAAUUUUUGUGCCUCUACAUGUCUGUGCCAUCAGAAGCUCUAGUAACCCCUUAAUAACCAAUUACAGCAUUUUCCAGCCAGGCCUGUUUCCUUACUGGCAACUGGGAACCCUGGAUAUAAUGUAAUACCUGUCAGCUGGGGCAAAAUAAGUGACCCCACACUGACCAAUGAGCUAUACUCAGCACUCAAAAAUGAGCUCUGCAUACAGUCCUUUACAUGCAGAUUUAUAUUCCAGAACCUGGAAAUUGGUUUGUGCAGAGUUAAAACCCUGCUCAUGUCAGGAAGACUAAGUUAUCAAUACCUGAGGCACCCCUCUGUUAGCUGGGGCCAUUUUUAGCAAUCUGUAUCAGAGGUAGUAAAUUUAAAAGGUUACUCCAAGCACUGUGAUUACUCCAGUGUUUUGAAGUGAUUAUAAGGGCAUGACGUUUGUAUGUGCAGCUUUCUCACUCUGGAGACUACAUGUUAAUGAAGCACACAGAGGGACACUAUCAGCCACUACACGGGCAAUAUUUGUAGACACUAAGAUGGGUUACAUACCAAGAUUGGUGCCUUAACAACUUCACCUUCCAUGCCCCCCGCCCUCCCCCUCCCCAAGUGCAUACUUACCAGGUGGGAUUAAUUGUGGGGACAUGCCUGGCAACUAAGGCAGUCCCCCCUGGACCCAAUCGCCAUGAGUUGCAUGAUUACAAUGUCACAAUGUUCAGUGACUCUGCUUCUCUCUUUCCUCACCUUGAUCUGGGGCACAAUUGCAUCAUGUACAAAAAUAAGAAAAAGGGAGAUAAACAAAAGUGGGAAUAAAAGCCCCACGAUAAUCCUAUGAAUCUAAAAAACUAUCUCAUGUAAACCAUAAAUUAACAAUUUAAAAUGGUUAUUAUUUAAUAGAAUUGUAAUUUAGAAAUGUCAGAAUUGUUAAGAGUAGAGGUCACGAAAAGCUCCAUAGAGUGAAUCUCUUCAACUUUAUUCAGCUAUUUCCAAAUUUGUGCAGGACAGAGGAAUAAGUGUCUAUGAUGCAUUAUAGAGAUGUUCGGGUAGGUACGGUCUGGUACGCUAUUUUGAGUGUUUCCAUUAUGAAAGUGGCCCAUACAACCGAACCAAACCACACCAUUCCUGGGACCCCUUCAGAUGUAGGUCCAUAGGAAAUGGUACGGUACGGUUAGGGCGGAGUUUCCUGGCGUCACACUAUACAAUCCAUUGAUUGGCAGACAGGAAAACGUCAGUGCUUACGACAAAUGACACGCUAGGCAUUUGGUCUAAACUCCGCAUACUCCUUGGCGGUCCGACUUGUGGAAACGCUCACCUGAAUAGGCUCGACCAUUCUAACCUUUCCGAACCGUGCCGACCCAAACCAUACCGCUCAGUGUAAACGAGGUAUAAGUAGCCAAUUUUUAUAACCCUUAAUUGGUAGAUCACGAUGAUGUAAUAAGAAUAAUUCUGGGAUCAAUUGCAAAUGAGUGUCAGAUACAUGAGAAAUAGUUUUUUGAAUUACAGACCAAAAAAAGUAAGCUCAGGACAGUCCCUACAGAUAUGUUUAUAAGUUCCAAUGCUUCAAACAAAUUUGAACACACACACACUAGGUAUGCUUGGUGAAAUGCAUAGGCGUGCGCACAGGGUGUGCCGGGUGUGCCUGGGCACACCCUAAUCCCCGCGGCACGCCUAUGGAGUGAGACCGGCAGGAGAGAUCUCAGGAUCUCCCCUGUCGUCUCACGCAGAGCCGGUGCUAUCUGAGCACCGUCUCUGCUCUCAGCCUCCAUGGGGGGAUCAAAGAUGUCCCUCACCGACCCACAUGCAGGGAGGGAGGCAGGAGAGGACCCGGGGAGCUAUUGCCAGCAGCUCCGCUGGGUUCCUCUCGUGAGAUCUGAACGUUGCCGUGGCAACGCUCAAAUCUCACGAGAGUGAACUCUAGCCCUGCAGGCUAGAGUUCACUCUCCACUGGACUAACCAGGGAAAGCAGCAACAAGGAUCCCCCCUCCCUAUGUAAGGUAAGUAAUCUGCCCCCACAAUCACCCAAACCUACAGCCCACACACACACAUACAUCACACACACACACAUACAUCACACACACAUACAGCACACACACACAGCACCUACACACACACACACGGCACCUACACACACAUACAGCACCCACACACCACACACACACAGCACCCACGCACAUACAGCACCCACUCACACACAGCACCCUCAUACACACAGCACCCUCAUACACACAGCACCCUCACACACACAGCACCCACACAUAACACAGCACCCACACAGCACCUACACACAUACAGCACCCACACACACAGCACCCACACACACAGCACCCACACACAUACAGCACCCAAACAGCAGCCACACACACACACAGCACCUACACACACACAGCACCCACACACAGUACACUAACAGCACCCUCACACACAGCAUACUAACAGCACCCUCACAAACACAUGACAACCACACACAUCACACAAACAGCACCUUCACACACACAGCACACUAACAGGACCCUAACAAACACACACAGCACCCUCUCACACAGCACACUAACAGCACAUUCACAAACACGCACACUACCAGCACGCUCACACACAUAUCACACUAACAGCACCCUCACACACAAAACCCUCACACAGCACACUAACAGCACACACACACACACAUCAGUGUAUGUCUGUGUGUGUAUAUAUACAUAUGUGUGUGUGUAUAUAUAUAUAUAUACACAUACAUACAUAUAGGCGCGGUGUGUGUUUGUGCUUUAGGGUGCACACCCUCAUGCAAUAGGCUGCGCACGCCUAUGGUGAAAUGCAAUAUAAAUAACCAUCUAAGCAAGAUUUUAUCACUGGACUAGUAAGCUCCUCUACUGGCCAUCUCAGUGACUGCUAAAAGAGGUGUUCCUAGGCAACAAUAUAAACACUGCUUUUUGUCUGAAAACAACUCCAAAAUAAAAGGUUAGGUCUUAAGGGUUGACAAUUUCUUUCCGGUUAUAUGUAAAUGUUACACAGUGCCUAAAUUACAUAAAACAAAGUGACAUAUAAAAGGAAUUUAGACAAAUGCAAAAAAAAUUAGUUGUGGUUCAAUAAAAGCCAGCUCACUCUGACGUCAUAGCCAGUUUAUUAUACCUGGUUUAUUUAGGUUACUGGAGCAAAUCCAUCUCGGAGCCACAGAUAGAUUGUCUCUAAGAUCCUUAUAUGUAACGGCCCUAAAAGUGGUGUCUGCAGGCACAUGUCUCUGUGGAUAUGUUGUCAUACAGACACAUAAGUGACCUAUGAUCAAAGGGGUUCACUUCGUGCCAGAAGAGACCAAGACAAGAAAACCAGGUUAACUCCUGAAAUACUGUGACAGAUUCAUUUCCUCAGUGCAUGACACACCUACAUUCCUAUUAACCUCUUAAGGAACAAACGUCUGGAAUAAAAGGGAAUCAUGACAUGUCACACAUGUCAUGUGUCCUUAAGAGGUUAAACAAUUACAAUGAGAAUGAUUCUUAAAUGGAUUUAAGGUAACAAUAACCAAAAAAUAAUCAAACCAUGUAUUUAGAUAAUAAACAAUAAAUGUGUGUGUAUGUGUAUGUAUAGAUAGACAGAUAACAGAUUUACUGUCACCACAUUUUACAUAUUUACAUAAAAAUCACUGGGGUUUUUUUAUUUUAUUUUCGUAUCACAAUCACUGUGAAAAUCACAAACCCUUGAAUUUAGAGGAUACGUGGUAUCUACUCUUAAGAGACCUUAUCCUAUUUAAUUAGCAUUGUGCAUCUUAGUUUAUAUUUUUCAUUCUGUAGUUCAUGAAAACACAGAAAACAGCCUGAGUAUAAUCAACAUUUUAAUGAUCAAAGUAUCAAAUAUCAUUCAUUGAUAUAGCCCAGGAAGAUCAGCUUAUUUCCUGAUGCAUCUUUUUCACCAUGAUAUAAACAACAAUGGUUAAUACGUUCCUAAACCUGAUAGAAAGUAACUCAUACUUGUAAGUUUGUUUGCUUUUGGUAUUUUGCUGGAUUGUUGUAUUUAUUUUUAACUAGUGACUACUUUUUUUUUUUUACUCUGACUAGUUAAAAUUAUAUAUUUCUAUAUCUAAUCAUAUUAUUCUAAUUCUUAUUCUAUAAAUUGCUUUAUCCUUGGUUAAUCUGUGUUGAUCGGUACUACAUAAAUUUGAAAAGUACACAUAGCCUUUCCAUUUUUACUACAGAGAUCUUAUAUAUAAAAAGGUAACCCUCCAAAUCCCAGUUAUGUGUGCUAUUUAUUGUUUAUUUGAGUGACAUUCAGUAGAUGAAAAAAUAGUGAUCCAUGGUCCUUUUUAUACAUGUAACUUUCCACACUUGAUGUUGACACAUACGUCACACACCCAUCAUUCCCCAAUGGUUGAUAACGGAAGCAGAUUGACGUGUAUAUUGGUCAUGAAUUACGUGGUGAACCUGUAUUAUGUGCCAUUCAUUGCAGGGUAGUCAAACUUUGUUGACAGCUCCACAGGACUAAAAAAAGAGACUACUUCACCACAUGUAAACAUAGAGACCUGCUUCCAUGAGCUCUGCUACUGAAUGUUUACCAUCAUGUGGUCUGUUUUAAAGCCACACAAGCAAAUUGCCACCUUUUUUUUUUUUUUUUUUUUUAAUAAAGUGCCUAUUUUGACCAUGGCCGUGGAUAUAUCUAUCCUCAUAUUUUCCCAAAAUGUUGGCUUAAUGACUUUUAACCCACCCUUCAUAACCUUUUAUGCAUGAGUUACUUCAGAUUUAUAGAAUAUGCACUAAGAAAGAAAAACAAUGAGCACAAGGAAUGUUAACAUGCACACCUCUAGAGACCUGUAAACUGCAUUAUUUGCCUAGAUGGAUGUAAAGAAACGUAUUGUUAAACCACCUCUUGUCAUCCUGAUAUAUGCAUUUUAUAACAAAAAGUUUAAUAUCCUAUUUUCAGCAGUUUAAUGUUACUUUCAUUUAACAAGACUGUAAGGAAGUUGUAGUUGUAAUCAUCGCUGUCAGAUCUUCACAAUGCAGGUGGAUAUUUUAGAAUUACAUUAUAUUUUUUAAACCUGUAGAGAUAGUAGCUGUGAUGGAACGCCUGCCACCCCGACUGGGUGCCUCUGUCGAACGAUGCUCCUAGUGCUCGCCAUCAGCAUCGCACUCGACACCAUAACCACCGCCAACCCCACGAACCGUUGCCGCUUGGUUUGGGGUUUCGCCAUCCUCCACCCACCCUGGACCCAAGACCGGGCUCCAGCUUCCAGUGGGUGAACCUCUCCUAAAUCCAGAGAGCAGGAACCAGGAACAAGAACAGCUCUUACAAGAGCUAGUGAUGAUACUCUGGAGAGUAUAGUGAUUAUAGCAAUCCCCAGAGUGUAGGUCUCCAAUCCCCCAAACAUGAGCCAAGACUUCAUGAAGGGGUAAGCAGGUCUGGUUUAUUGAGUGUAAGGGCAUGUCUUUUAUACAUAUUUUCAGGCCAGAGGCACACCCCCUGGACCUGAUGGUAAACUGGGACAAAAGGGACACAAAAUAGGAACAGUAAUUAGUACAGCAACACUCCCACAUACAGUCAGCAAUCCCUCCCCUCUGCCUGUAAUAUAAUUAAGCUAGUUAAUGCAAUAACCUAAUUAUCCACAGGCAGAAAAUAAAUAUCCAUUUAUACCCAAAGUCCAGAAACACCCCAAAACACACACAUAUCCCCACAAAUCCUAAAUCCCUGGAUAGCUCUGAUCUGGGUGGACAACAUAUCCCAAAAUCACCCAGAUCAGAGCAGGGGUUCCCAAAUUCCACAAAAUUAUGUAUUUAAUCACUCAUAAAUUUCAAGUCAUCCAGAUAUAGUUGCAGUCUGAGAAGGGAGAGGUUUUCCUUGGGACCCAGAUAUUCUAGUCUUUUUUCCUGCCCGGUUUUCUCGUUCCUAGUAGUGCAGAUUGUUACAGAACUCCAGACUUGUAUUUAAACUAUAAUACUGUACUAGUAAAUAAAGGUGAUUUUGAUAAGUAUUUUGGACCCCAAUUUUCUUAUUGCACAAACCAGUUCUUAAUUAUAUGACUGUCAACUUCUCCCCAACCCAGGAUUCACCUCAAUUAUUCAAAACCCAUCCCCAUAACAAGUGAAAGGAAGACAUUUGUUACAGCUUUUAAACAACUGACUACAUCUGCAAGAAAGGGCAUAAUGAAGAUUCACAUACCAUACUUACAAAACAGGAGUAUGCCAAUAAUGUUUGUCUGCAUAAACUUUAUUGGAAAUUAGAGUGUCAGCCAUGUACAUGUUGAGCUCUCUAUCACACAAGCCACCUGAACAGGCAAUCACCACUACAGAAGCACUUGAAUAUUGCACUUCAUGUGUGUCAACAAGAAAUGAUCAAACAUACUUUACAACACUUAAACAAUCAUCUCACGAACACAAGAGAAGUAACCCUGGACAAUGGACCCAAAUCAGGAAGUUUGGAACUUAAAGUUGACAUUAACUCAGCACCCAAUGGUGCUAUGUUGACAGACAUAGUUGUGUCCAAGUUGUGGCAUUUUGGAUAGAAUCUAAAUUAAUGUCAUCUCUUACAAAAGAUCAAUUAGUGAGGUAGCUGAUGAUCGCUUAGUCAAGUGCAAAAUUAAUAAAUGAAAAGUAUCUCAAGGAAUUUAAUUUAAAAUCAUACAUUUGUUUGUUCCAGUGGAUUAGAGAAUGGCAAGCAUGUUCUAUUCUUAUAUAGUGUUGCUUUAAAUGGGUUAAUUGCAAUUUUAAGAAACCCCUAAAUUUUCCUAAAUAUGUAAAUUAUGUUGCAUUAUUUCAUAACUUUCUUUGGUUUCCCAUUAUAGAAAGUAGAGAUUUAUAUAACAAUUUGAAAAACAUACAACUUGGUCUUUUUCACAGGUGUUCCGCUGAUCGAUGGUGGUUCAGUAAGGUUGCCAAAGCUAAUUGGACUUUCCCGAGCACUAGAUCUCAUCCUUACAGGGCGGCCUGUAAAUGCGCAAGAAGCAUAUCAGAUUGGAUUAGCCAAUAGAAUUGUCCCUGAUGGUCAAGGUCUGUAUUAUUGUCUGUAUUUUUCUGCAUAAAUGAGAAUUGGGUUGGCAUUAUAAUCACUGCACUAUACAUAAAUCAAAGUUAUUGCUAGCUAAUCACAGUAUUACCAUAGUUUUGUCCACCUAAUACGGUAUGGAGGGAUUGACAUAUAGAAGAAUGCAUUUACUUUUUCAACAGUGUAAGGACCUAAUGCUUUUUUUUAACUAGUCAUACCGUUCAUUGUUUUUUUCAUGAAUAAAGAGUAGGCAAGGAACAUAUUUAAAAAUACAAACAUGUAUUACUGACACUAUUGUGUUAAACACACUGUUUAUGUUUCCAGUCCCCCUGUCAGAGCAGUGAAAAGGUGUUUAAACUUGAUGAUCUCAGCCAAUCCAAUACUUUCCAUAUUAAAGCACUGGGAGGCUAUUGCGCAUGCACGGCAAAACACUGCACUGCACCAAUCAGCAUCUCCUCAUAGAGAUCCAUUGAAUCAGUGCCUCAAGGCACCGUUUACAUUUAAAAGCCUGCACGGACAUGCUAUAGACACCAGAACCACGACAUUAAGCUGUAGUUGUUCUAGUGAGUAUAGUGUCCAUUUAACAGAACAUUAUAGCUUUAAGAAUACAAGCAUCUAUUCCUAAUUCUGUAAUAUUACGCUACUUAUGUUGGUGCCCCCACAUUGCAAUGGUUAAAAAAAGGUUGAACUUAUCUUAUAUCCUAUGGCGCAUUGGUCUUUAUACUGUCAUCCCAACAAUAUUGAUGAUCUCAUCCAAUCCAGUGCUUCCCCCAAAUGCUCUCUAUGAGAGUAAUGUGAUCUAUAACCAAGUUUAACUUGGUUAUAGCUGUGGAAACAUCUCUAGUAGCUAUCACAAAGACAGCCACUAGAGGCGUGGUAACCCUGCAGUGAAAACAUUGAUGCUUCUGCCAAACAGUAAGCUUGUCAGUCGAAGGGUUAAAAAGACAAGGGUUCUGCGCAGACCACUUCAUUCAGAUGUAGUCCCUUUAAGGACUUAUAGUAUUUUUCGCGGCAUCUAAAUUUUCUUCCCACAGUACUUAUGGGAGCAUCGAUUAUCCUGCAUUUUUUUCCUAAGCUAUUCCUUAAAUCAGAAGAGCAUAGAACACAAAUAUUCCUUAAGAGAUUAAGAAUUAAGUGCUUUUUGUAGUUUAGUAUAUUCAAGUUUGUUUUUCUUAGCAGACAUACGUGAAUGUUUGAAGGAACUACAUACAGAUUUUGAUGCUCAUAUUUUAUUUUGUUUCUGUUGAUAUUGUUUUACCAUAUCAUUCUGUUUUUCUACCUCUACAUAACAAUCCCUGAUUUAUUGUUUUGUUACCACUGAAGGUAAAAGUUAAAGUAAAAUGUAAUAAACAUAUGCAUAAAAUCAUAUUACGUGCAUCUUUUAUGCAAGGAGCUAUGGAUGCAGUCACAGAUGUGAACACCAGCUGUUACACAGUAAUGUUAAAUAGAAAAUGUGUUUAUAUAAAUACAUGUAAAAAAGAAAAAGAUUUUAUAAAUACAAUGUAAAAAAGUCAAAGUCAGAAUUUACAACUUUGUGUAGUGAGCAGUUCCCAAAACCAAUACUUGCUUUCCAAUUGCAUUUAAUUGGAGCUGUUUAUUUCACCAUUUGAUAACAGUUACAUUUAUCACAUAAGAGUAAUGCAUCUACUGCCUAUGCUGAGGUCAGCUGUCGAUAAGCUGCUACCAGCUCCUACCAGCUUAUCGACAGUUCCACUCACAGUCUUAUGGAUGUAGAUAUAUAUGUAAUAAUGCAUUGGCAAAAGUUCCGCUUCUACACAGUAAACUAUGAAAUAGUAGGUGGGGACUUACUGCAGAUGAAGAGUACUGGGAUGUUCCUAUGUGAGUGAGGGUUGGGCAUAUAGCUCCAGCAAUUUUGCAUUUUAUUACAAAUGUAAGACAAUGUAUGCACAGACACAAUUAUGGAAACUAGAAUGCAAUAUUCAAUAAGGAUAGAUUGUUACUGUGCUAAAGAUAGACUAUUCCUCUAAAAGAAAAUGUUGUUAGUUUGGUAUGGUAACAGAUGUGCUGCCUCUAGGCUUAGCUGCCUAACUCUGUGUAUCAAACAUCUGGCACAGUGAAUAUAUCUUACGCUGUGCGACUGGUAUUUCAGUGUUCCAUAAGAUCCACUGAUACUGUGGGUAGCUAUGGAAUUAUUUUCAUGUGGGGCGCAAGAUAAAAACAAGUAACUAAAUUGAAGCCUGGAUUACAUUAGACAUGAAUACUAUAGGGGACUCCAAUAUACAGCUAGGCAAUUAAGGAGACUGGAAGUCUUACAUAAUUGCUAAAUGGAAGAAGUCCAUGAGUACCCUACCUACUAGCCCAUGGUUGACAAUAAAGUGUUCUAAGUUGUAUUAUGUAAAGAUAAGGUCUAAUCUUUAAUCUUCUAUGAUAUGGCUUAUCUUUUACUAACAUGUACACUGAUCAGCCACAACAUCAAAACCACUGACAGAUCAAGUGAAUACCAUUUAUUAUAUCAUUACAAUGGCAAUGUCAAGAGGUGGGGUACUUUAGGCAACCAAUGAACAGUCAGUUCUUGAAUUUUUAUGUGCUAGAAGCAUAAAAAAUGAUCAAAUGAAAAAAUCUGAGCGACUUUGACAAGGGCCGUAUAGUCAUAGAAACAUAGAAUGUGACGGCAGAUAAGAACCGGCCCAUCUAGUCUGCCCAAUUUUCUAAAUACUUUCAUUAGUCCCUGGCCUUAUCUGAUAGUUAGGAUAGCCUUAUGCCUACCCCAUGCAUGCUUAAACUCCUUUACCGUGUUAACCUCUACCACUUCAGCUGGAAGGCUAUUCCACGCAUCCACUACCCUCUCAGUAAAGUAAUACUUCCUGAUAUUAUUUUUAAACCUUUGCCCAUAAUAGCUAGAUGACAUCAGAAAUGGUACAAGGAAGGACAAUCAGUGAGCAGGCAUCAGGCUCAUGGACGCCUAAGGCUCACUGAUGCAUAUAGGGAGCAAAGGCUAGCCCAUCCAGUCCGAUCACACAGAUAUUGUAGCUAAAAUUGCUAAAAAAAAUAAAAUAAUGCUUGCCGUUAUAAAAAUGUUUCAAAACACACAGUGCAUUGCAGUAUAUGUAUUGGGCUGUAUAUGUUCAAACCAGUCAACGUGCCCAUGAUGACCCUUGUCCACCUCCAAAAAUAACUGGGGGUGUUAGCAUCAUAAUUGGACCAUGAAGCAAUGUAAGAAGGUUGCCUGGUGUGAUGAAUCAUGUUUUCUUUUAGAUCAGGUUGAUGGCCUGGUGCCAUUUACCUGGGAAAAGAUGGCAGCAGAAUGCACUAUGGGAAGAAGGCAGGCCAGUGGAAGCAGUGUUAUGUUCUGGGUAAUGUUCUGCUGGAAAACAUUGGGUCUUGUCAUUCAUGUGGAUGUUACUUUGAAAUGUACCACCUACCUCGAGAUUGUUGACGACCAUAUUCACCACUUAAUGGAAAUGGUGUUCCCUGAUGACAGUGGCCUCUUUCAGCAGGAUAAUGCACCCUACCACACUGCAAAAAUUGUUCAGGAAUGGUUUGAGAAACAUAACAAAAAAUUCAAGGUUUUGUCUCAGCCUCCAAAUUCCCCAUAUCUCAGUCCAGCUGAGCAUCUGUGGGAUGUGCUGGGACAACAAAUCCAAUCCAUAAAGGCCUCGCAACUUGAUGGACUUAAUGGAUCUGCUGCUAAUGUUCUGGUGCCAGAAACUACAGGGCAUGUUCAGAGGUGUUGUGGAGUCCAUGCCUCCAUGUAUCAGAACUGUUUUGCCAGCAUGAAGGAGCUGAUGAUAUUAGUUGAUGAUAAAUAAUUAAAUUUUAAACAUUAAAGAAAAUAAAUUUUAAACAUUAAAGAAAAUAAACUUGUUUUCCUAGCACUAUAGGGUUAUAAGAUUCCCCCUGUCCCUCGGACCCCCCUCCUGCUGGGCUAAAGCCACUUACCUUAAUCCAGUGCCGGGCUCCCUCGGCGCUGGUGACCUCUCCUCCCCCUGCCGACGUCAGCUCCCAAGGGGAGCCGAAUGCGCAUGCGAGGCCGGAGGCGCGCGCGCAUUCAAACCGCCCACAGGAAAGCAUUACUCAAUUCUUUCCUAUGGACGUCCAGCAUGAGUUCAGUGCUAUUUUCACACUGAAACUGCUAUGUUUUCAGCUGCAGGGUUAAAACUAGAGGGACCUGGCACCCAAACCACUUCAUUGAGCUGAAGUGGUCUGGGUGCCUAUAGUGGUCCUUUAAGUGUCAGCAUAACAGAUGUGUUACCAGCCCUUUAAUAAUAAUUAUCCUAUUUGUUAUUUGUAAUCUAAAAACACAGCAACAGGAAUAGGUAAAUAGGUAAAAAUAUUAACUAGCACUACUUUCAACUAAGCUGCAACAAAAAAAAAAAAAUCCCACCAUUCCCAAGAGGUGGUAUCUAAUAAGUUGAUUCUAUCCCCUUACCUUUUAUCAUAUAGCUUUUGUUUGGCAACUGUAAUGUAAAGUAUUGGUAAGCUAUACUAACUACUGCGGCAUGCUCCAAUAUUGUAUUUUUUUCCAGGGAGGUCUUGAGCAUAAGCUAAUUCCCUUCAGUAUUGGAUUUCUGUAUAAAUGAGAGUUGACUUGGUUCCUGUAAACAUCUGGUGUAAGUCAUGUUAAGCCUCGCAUUAAUAUUUUGUCAUAUGGGUUGAAUGCCAAGCUGGACCAGUUCUCUGACUCAUCAAUGCCACUAAAGAAUGCAGUGAUCUUAAUACUUAUUUUAGAGGAUUUCAUUUUCCUCUUGUACAGAACAAACCUCUGAAAUAAAAUUGUAAUUUUGGAAAAUAUUACAAAGUAAAACUAGAAUUACUGUAUUAAUUAAAUAAACAGUCAUAUGAAAUUCUUUCCCCUUGAGUCCACAUAAUUUCCAAUUUUUUAUUUCUCAGAAUACAAUAUCUCCUCAGUCACCUGCUAGCCAUGAAUUUCGUGGUCAGAAGGUAAAACAUGGGAUGUGACCUUCCAUGGAUCAUAAAGGCAACUUGUUGCUACUGCAGAGCUCAUAGUACUAGUCAUAGACGGUGGGGCUGGGGGAGAUGUGUAUUUAUUGAUUUUAUUUUUUUAAUGUGUCAUGCCAUUUAAUCACAGUCAAAAUAUAUUCAUAAAUGUCAACAUUCACAAAGUCAUCCCUGGCAUUUAUGACUAUUUCAAAAAGUCUGAACGAUUCCUUCCUCACAUCACGAGGUUUUUGUACACAAUCAGAAAUUUUAAAUAUUUUUAUUUUAAUAACUAAAGGCAAAAUCGUUAAUCACUGAAAAAUAUUUACAAAGAGAAUUUAUCUUUAUAAAACAAUAUUUUUAAAAUAAUGCAUUAACCAUGUUUUAAAAGAAAGGUUGGAGGAAAGUGUUUGGACCAUAACAACUUCAUUAAAUAGAGUGGUCAUGAUAUUUAGAGUGACUUUAAAAGGUCAGUAUCCAAACAUGAAACCUAGGUUAUGGUAUUUUGUAUCUGUACAACAGAAUGUUGAUUGUACAUGUAAGGCAUAAAUAUCAUAACCUAAACAUUUCCAGAUUGGACAAUGACCUUUUAAAGGGUCAACUAAAUACCAUGACCACUCAUUUUACUGAAAUGGUUAUGGUCCAUAGAACGCUUUCCUAUAAAUUUUCUUUUUAAACAUGGUUAAGUCAGGAGAGAUUAUGGUUGUAUAAAUAAAAUAUAUAUUUUUUCUGUUUACAUAUUAUGUUUAUAAAUUGGAGAUACUUGCUAUAAAAUAGAAAUGAAUACAGUUUUACCACUAUUUUACAGGUUUUUUGUUGUUUUUUUAAAUUGUUAUAUAACACUUUGAAUAUUUUUUUUCUUAACAAUAUUGAAUAGUUCAAACAAACACUGAAAUAGUGCUAAUAUUUUCUGCUAAAAUUAAAAUUAAAAAAACAAACAACUAUUUUCAUAAUUAUUUACACAUGCACACAUUUACACAGUGCCUAAAGCCAAACCAACCUUAGAUCUCUGAUAAUUUCCAGUUAGCACUAGAGAUGCACACGGCAAAGCUGGUUUUGCUUAAGAAUACAAUAUUUUUGUCCUAAAAUACCAUUUAGGCAGGGCCGGAUUAAGAGCACGCUGGGCCUGGUGCUGACAAUUACGAUGGGCCUAAUUACGGAAUCUUAUCGACCAAAAACACUAAAACAGUCAUUCCUCGCAAGCGUCAUGUAUCUAAUGGAGAUGGUGCUGGAGGAAAACUCAUAGGAUGCAGCUAUAAGAAAAAACACAAUCUAUGCUAAUCUCUCUAAUUUAUGCUUUCAUCUUUCAAGUAAAUCCAUAACCCCCAACGGCAGUGUCCAGUGAAACAGGAGGUCAAUGGGCGGGGUAAAAGGGUGGGCCACUGGUGCGAAUCAUGUGACCAGACCUGCCAAAAGAGGAGAACAUGCCCAAAAAGGGGGCAUGUUUGUCCAAAGAAUUUGAAGGACAGCCUGGCAUGAAUGCAUGACAGGCUGCCCGCCAAUCCUGCAGGCUGUCCAAAUAAGGGCAUACUAUGCAGGCAGCACCCUGUGCAUGACAUAAAUGCAUCUAAUGAUGCGCUCACUCCAUGCUUUCUAAGGACUGUCCCCUAGCACUCGCUGCUCCACUUGUCUCCUUACCUUCUUACCAGCAGACAGAAGUUCCUGGUAUAUAGUCUGAGACAGAGAAAAGGUGUAUGUAGUGAGUGUAGAAGAAAGGGGACAUGCCACAGUGUUAGAGAGACCAACGUCUGCAUUAGCUAAACUAAUUUUAUUGUCAGCCAGUCCACACAAGUUUUGUUCCCAUACAUCCCUCUUAAGCUUCCAAAUUUAAAGGGACACUAUAGUCACCAGAACAACUACAGCUUAUUGUAUUUGUUCUGGUAAGUAGAGUCAUUCCAUUCAGGCCUUUUGCAGUAAACAUUGUCUUUUCAGAUGGCUGCUAGAGGUGCUUCCUGGGGCUGCACUGCCAUUCAGUGUCUCCACCCUCUGCAUGCAGACACUGAACUUUCCUCAUAGAGAUGCAUUGAUUCAAUUUAUCUUUAUGAGGAGAUGCUGAUUGGCCAGGGCUAUGUUGGACUUGUGCUGGCUCUGCCCCUGAUCUGCCUAGUUGACAGUUUCAGCCAAUCCUAUGGGGAAGUAUUGUAAUUUGCUCAGGCCACCACUUCUGAUGUCAGCAGACAGUCGGUUCAGAGGCAGACCCAGCAGCUGCUGACUUGAAUACAAGUUUUAUUUUACUAUACUUAGGGAGGCAAGAAGGGGCCAGGGUGGUGGUUUUAACAUAAUAGGGUCAGAAAUACAUAAUUGUGUUCCUGACCCUAUAGUGCUCCUUUAAGCAAGAGUAUGUGAAGAGUAGUUAGGGUUGCCACAUUUCUUGGAAAAAAAUACCAGCCUUAAUCAUUUGUAUAAUCAUAAGGAGUGACAUCAGAGAAAAUUCUGUAAAAUCACCAACAAACUACUCACAGUUUGAUUCUGCUGUAUAGAUGGAUUGCUCCCAGUGUCUCAGUCUCGCAAGUCACCCGGUGUCUCAGUGUCCCUAUGUAUCACAGUGUCUGUGUCCCCAUGUCGCCCAAUCCCCUAGUCUCACAGUGUCUGUGUCCCCAUUUCUCCCGGUGUCCCAGUGUGUCCCCAUGUCACUAGGAUACUGGGGACACAGAGACAUGGGGACACUGAGACACUAGGGACACAGACACUUGGAGACAUGGGGACACUGAAACAUUUGCAGACACUAAGACAUGGGAACACAGACUCUGGGAGACUAGGGGACACUGGCUGGGAGACAGACACUUGGGGACACUGAGAGACAUGGGGACAGUUGUGGACAUAGACAUGGGGACACUGGGACAUAUAGGGACACUAGGAACACUGAGACACUAGGAACUCAGACACUGAAACAUUUGGGGACACUAAGACACUAGGGACACCGAGACAUGGGAGACUAGGGGACACUGAGACACUAGCGUCACUGGAUGGGGGACAUGAGGACACUGGGAGAAAUGGGGACAUAGUGUUUCCAUGUCCCAUUGUCUCCCAAUGUCCCUAUGUCUCUCUGCGUCCCCUAGUGUCUCAGUGUCCCCAUGUGUCCCUGCUGCCUUUUCCUCCACUUACCUGAGCUGUAGAGCUGCUGUCUGGACUCUCUGUGCUGUGUAGCUGCUCCCCCACCGAUCAGUGAGUAGUAGAGAGACACACACAGAAAAAUAGGGGACAAUCUGCUAAAUACAAAUAAAACAAAAAAACAUAGCAUAUAACUGUGUGGAGACUGGUAUUGAUGUGCAAUCACAAAUGGUCACUCACAAUUUUGAGGAGUUAAAAAAGCCUUGAGUGGUGUCUUUAUGGAGUUAAAGCAGCUUUAUACAGUAUUUUUCCGUAUCCAGUGUGUUGUUCCUCCUCACAUAUUCCUCAGCAAAUAGGUAUAUAUGUCUCAAAGAGAGAAAAUGUACAAAAAUGUAGUGCACUUCCAGAAUAUAUUAAAAAGUGUUUUAAUGACUUACAUUUAAGAAUAAAACAAACAGCAUGUCACCAUAAACGUCCUACGCGUUUCGUCCUUAGGAUGGACUUCCUCAGGGACUUGGUAUGAUAAAGUGCAGUUAGAAAUAGCAGCAAUAAUAACAAUAUCCCCCCCACAGUCCUUUAUAUACACCCCCAUUUAAUCUUUAAAGUCUUUCAGCUGGUAUUCAAUUUUCAAUUUCGGCGGUAUGGAGUCCGGUGACGUCAUCGCGUCCGCCGCGUGCGUUCCACCAUGCGUUCCACAGACCCGGAAGUGGGUCGCGAUCGUCAUUCUCUCUCUUCUAUUCCCAUGCAUUGACUCAAAAUGUAUACAAACAGGUGGAUAGAGCGAAAAAGGGGGAGGAACAAGUAAUUAAAAAAUACUCUGGACGGCACUACAAACUAAAAAGAUCAAAUGAAUGUACAUUCUCACUAAAAUCUAAAAUUAAAGACACAUAUAUGUAUAUAUAUAUAUCCCUUUUUCAUUAGAUUUCACAAAUCAUUUUCUCACAUACUUAUUAUACAUAUUUCCUUCUUAUUACAUAACAUCUUGGAUAAUUUCAAAAUUGUAACAAAAUAUGAAUAUGUAGUAUGUAAACAAUGAGCCCAUUUGCAUUGCACUCCUUGUCUCAUUCUUAGAAAAGGAUAAAGAUUUUUUUUUUUUUUUUUGGAAAAAACUAAACCUUCAAAGUGAAAAAAAUAUAAAUAUAAUUAAAUAAUAUGAAAAUCAAAAUAAAAAUUAAAUAAUUACUUAAUAAUAAAUAAAGAUAAAAUGAAAAAUAAAUAUAAAUAUAGAAAUAAAAAUGAAAUAAAAAAAUGAAAUAAAAAAAUAAAAAUAAAAAUAAAAUAAAAAAAUAAAAAUAAGAAUGAAAAUUAAACCAAAUAAAAAUGAAGUGAAAAAAUGAAAUAAAAUAAAAUAAAAAUAAAAAUAAUAAUACAAAUGAAAAUAAUAAUAAAAUAAAAUAAAAAUAAAAAUAAAAAUAAAGAUGAAAAUAACAAUAAAAAUGAAAAUAAUAAAAAAAUAUAUAUAAAAGUAGAAUAAAUAAAAAUAAAAAUAAAUAAAAAUGAAAAAUAAUAAAAAUCUAUGAUUUAUCGAAUGGGAAAAAAGUGCAAUGUUUCCCAAACAUCAAAAUGAUGAAUCAAUGAUUCACUCAAUCCUCAAAAAAACUCCACAAAUCAAUGUCUAAAUUUAGACCAAAAGGUUGGAGUGUCUUUAGUUUGUUGAUCCAAAAAGUCUCUCUUUGAGAGAGCUUUUUGGUUAAAUUACCUCCUCUCCAAUAUGGGUCCACAUGUUCUAUGCCCAAAAAAAUAAAACUCUGCCAAUCGAAUUUGUUACAAGUAUUGCAAUGUAGUGGUACUAUGUGUUUCACUGAUUUUUUUUCUUAUAUUAUUUUGAUGUUCUAGUAUUCUCUCCUUUAGCUUUCUGCAUGUUCUCCCUACGUACUGUUUUUUCGCAAGGGCAUUGUAACAUGUAUACCACAUUUCUCGUAUUGCAAUUUAUAUUAGAUUUUAUUUUAAAUUUCUCCUUUGUGGUAAAACUCAUAAAUUCUUUCUUUUGUGCGAAUUUCUGAUUUUUACAUGCUUUACAGGAGUUACAAGGGUUAAAACCACUAGUAUUUGAAAUCCCCCCUUUAUGUGGAAUUUUUAAAGCGUAACUAGGUGCUAAUACAUUUUUUAGGUUUUUUGUUCUCCUAAAAAUAACUGGUGUUUUUUUUGGCAACACUUUACCCAGGAUGGGAUCCUGACACAAAAUAUUCCAGUGUUUCCAAUGUUGUGUAUUGUAUUGGGUCGUAAAAGAAAAAUUAUAAUUAUCCUUAGGAUGUCUUUUGGGAAUGCUGUAACUUCCUAUCCCUGCCUCUCUCCACACACACAGUGACCCCUACUGGCCGGUGCUGGUAUUGCAGAGUAAUCUCCAUUUAUUCUGAGAAAAAAUACAUGCAUUUGUAUUGCUGGUAUUACUGCAAUAACGGCAUGGCCAGGCAGACUCAAAUACCGGCUGUGCCAGUAAAAUACCAGUCAGGUGGCAAACCUAAGAGUAGUGUGUAAAAAAAAAAAAUUUUUUUUUUGUUUUUUUUUUUAAAUGGGCCUAUUCCAUGGGCCUGGGCCUGGAGCUGCAGCUCCAUCAGCCCCUAUGUUAAUCCGGCCCUGCAUUUAGGUGUGUUAUAUGAAACUCUAAACUUAGUCUGGCUCCUAAAUAGAUUGAGCUGAAAAAUCUAUUUUCCAGGCUCUGGACUUUCUCCUUUGUUAUCUAAGUGUGCCAGUUUCAAAAUUUUGGGAAAAUGUUUUUACAUUUAACCCCAGGUUUCCAGAAUGGUUUAUACAUUUGUGCAAAAUGACAAAAUGUGCAGAUCAACUGUCAGUCUGAUUCUUCAAUCUCACUUUUUUUAAAUGAACACAAUUGCAUAGCAAGUGCCAUAAAGGAAAGAUAAUUUUGCAUUAAUUUAGUGUAUACACUAAAAGAGGAUCCAUUGUGAAAUGAUUGUAGAAAAAAGGUCGUCAGUUUAUUUCACCCAGGUAAAUUAACAACCAGCUUCCUCUUGUCAGUAGUUAAAGGGACACUAUAGUCACUCAGACCACUUCAGUUCAGUGAAGUGGUCUGGGUGCCAGUUCCCUCAGGUUUUAACCCGUCAGAUGUAAACAUAGCAAUUUCAGAGAAACUGCUAUGUUUACAUAGCAGAGUUAAUCCAACCUCUAGUGGCUGUCUUCCUGACAGCCGCUAGAGGCACAUCUGCGACGCUGGAUGCGAAAUUCGCAUCCAGCGUGCAGAACGUCCAUAGGAAAGCAUUAAAAAAUGCUUUCCUAUGGACUGUUAGAAUGCGCGCGGGAGCUGACGUCAGUGGGGGAGGAGAGAUCACCAGCGCGGAGGGAGCCCAGAGCUGGAUUAAGGUAAAUUGUUGAAGGGGUUCUAACCCCUUCAGCGCCAAGGGAGGGGGACCUGGAGGGUGGGGGCACCCUUAGGGCACUGUAGUGAUCCUUUAACAUAAGAUAAUUCUGUAUUAAAGGAGGUUACAGUGAUAUUUAAAAAAAAAAUACUCCACUUAGCUAAAGUUUUAAUGUAAUUGCAAAUGUACUUUUGAUUAUAUAUUAUUGUGAUUUUUAUAUAAGUGGUAUUUUUUGCCCAGUUGACACUUAAUAUAAGCUAUUAUUAUUGAGUUAAAUUCUCCCUCUUUUUUGUUUAUUAUACAAUGAUAUAUAUUUCAUUUGCAGUAUUUUGUUGUAUGAAAAGCUCUAGUUGUGGACUAUUCUCCAUACUAUUUAAAAGCCAUUGCACUAAUCAAAAUGUAUCUCCUUGACAGAAAGGCAGCUAAGUGGAACCAAACAUUAAUUUGAGAAACGAUGUAAAGGUGUAUCAGGCUGACAUUGUACAUGUUCUGUUCUCUGGGUUUCAUUUUGCUCUGCUUUUAUCACUACUAUUAUUAUUAUUAUUAUUAUAUAGUGCAUAUUUGAUCUUUUCCUGUAGGGUGUGAGUGUUGAGUUAAUGUUUGUGCUGUUUCCCUUGCAACAUGAGAUGCGCAAAUGGUACAUUUUUUUCAUGUCUAUAAAGACUAAUUUUUGCAUUUGCUUUGGCAGUCAACCCAUCUUAGUCAUAUUUCCUAUACUGAAUAAUAAAUGCUGAAUAAUAGGAUUGAUGGAGUAGAUUGAACAUUGCUUUUAACAUGUGCUUAUAAUGGCAAUGAUUGCCAGUAUACCCUGUUUAUGUUCUCAGUAUUAUUCCUGUGGUAGCAGAAUAUGGGGGAAUUUUAUCUCGUGACCCAGAUGUUCUGCUGUUUUUACUCAUGUAAUGCAUUUUUAGUUGUUUUAUUGUACAGUUGCUCUUUGUCAGUUUUAGAUUAUAGAUUAAAAUGACUUGCAGUGCACCAAAUGGCAAUUUCUCUCAUUGAUCAAAAAACGAUGAACACCCAGAAAAAGUAAAAAAAAUUUGGUGUUGACGGAUCUUUGUUGGUCGGCAGUCUAAAUCCUGUUUUUUUUAAUACUCCAGACCAGAAACCCACAAUGGCAAUAGGAAAAAAUAUCCUUAAAGGACUACUCCAAACACCAUAACCACUGCAGUGUCGUAGUUUUAUGUCAGGAAUGCCCUGGAAUUAUCAUUUCUGUACAGUGUGACUUCUGACUUGGGGUCCAGCAGACACCACUCCACAACUCCAUUCCUAAUGCCGGAGCAACAGAAGCAGGAACUUCCGUUAGCACUCCUAAGCAGUCCAUCACUUGUUGGAUGAGAGCAAUCAGCUGACAUUCUCGACUCUCCAGCAUUAGUAGUGAAGGUGGGGAGUGAUGCACUGCAGACCGCAGGCAACAAGUUAGACCAUAAUAAAAUGGUAUGACUAUUUGCAGUGGGAGGGGGGCGCCAUGACACUCCUGGCUCCAUAACCACAAUAGCGAGCUGUAGUGAUUAUGGUGCUUGGAGUGUUCCUUUAAACCUAAAACUCUCCAUGGAGGGAGCGUUUGAGCAAGAUCAUUUUUUUAAUGAUUUAAUUUAAAUAUUCCCUUUCUAUUAUUGUAAGUUGCUGUGGAAUAUGUUUGUGUUAUAUAAAUACUUUAAAUAAUAAUUUUGGUUUCUGGAGGAAUUGCUGUUCAGUAAUCACAACAGUUUUUCCAAAGUUGGGGACCAGAUCUUCUGUUUCAGAAAAUAUAAAUCCAAGAGGAAGAGACAAGGUGGUAUCACACACGUAGUGUAUAUCAAGGGGUGGGUAAAAAUCCUCUCUAUCAUACCUCCUGAAUCUGGGGAGGUCACCUAGGCUGUGCUCCCUACUAAAACAACCAAGUCAAAUAAAUUGAACAAAAUCCCAGUCCACUCCCCAUAAGGAGAUGUUAAAGGGAAAGAGCACAGUCUGAUAAACAAAGAACCUUAACGUUUAUUAACAUCUAAUAUAUGGCUACUAGACUAACAAAGGAACAAAUACUCCAAAUAACGUAAAACACGUCUAAAAUGAGAGUAAUGGAGUGGAUAAUAUCCACCUCUGGGCAGUCAGAUAUACAAAUGAUUAUAAGGGAUAAAAACCAACUACCAUAUCAGCCAAAGAAAGGGAAUGGUGGACGAUAAAAUGCUUACGGGGUCAAUUACCACAGUAGAUGAUGAUGGAUGAUAAAAUGCUUAUGGGUCAGUUGCCUAGACCUGCUUAACCCUCUGAAUGGGGAUAGGGGAAAUAAAUGCAUAGAGGAAAAAAAAAAAAUAGUACUUAAAAGGUUGACUAGGAGUAGUAUGAUAAGGGUAGAGCUGACCUAAUCCAUACCUCCCAUUCCUAUAUUCUCACACUAUUAAAGGGAAACCAAACUGAUGGGAAUGCUGUAUGUAGCUGUGUAGGAGUAAAAAAACAACAUCCACAGUAAACUUACUGUCUCUGUUUACUUUGACACCACACAAGGCUAGUGCUACCUACACCAGAGUAACUGAAAAAGUACAAAACUGAACUCAAAAGUGCAUAGUGCUACUCAUAAGUGCUAAUACGCUGUCGUCAGGGGCAGAGUAACCAAGUUGUAUGGUCUAUGCUAGAUGAAAUAACGUGCCUCUUAAUUAGCUCUUCUGUUUCCUUUACAAUCACUCUACAGUAAUUAUGUCAAAAGGAUGUCUCAAUAACUCAGGAUUUUAAAAUACAGACUACUGCUACACUGACUUCAACAAUAUAUUAAGUAAUAUACCCAGUAUUAUUUAAUCAACAUCGCAUUACUGCCUGCUAUUAGAACAUAGUUCAACCUAAUUACAACUUCACUGACUAGUUUUUAGUAUAUGGAAGAUUCCAUAUAAUUUAAAAGAUCUUCUGUUUUGGAUUUUUUGUAAUUAGCAAUUGACGUGGGAGAAAAGUGACAGAGCAUAGCUUCUGGAGUAAAUAGGGUGUUCGAAUUUGUAUUUUCUUGUAUCCUUUUAAGUAUAACAUCCAGUAACAAGAGCUGAAAGGGCAACUCCACCAAAUAUGAAACAUUGAUACAAUCCUACAACAUGUCUCCUGUACCGAAGCAAGUAUAGCGUGCAGGUCCUGAGCUCCCGAACUUUGAAACUUAACUAUGGUAUGUCAAAAUGAAAAAUUUUCGCCCCUGAGCCUCAAAGUCAAAUCAUACUUAUAUCUGAUAGUGCCAAAUAUUCAAAGUAGCUCCAAUAAAUUGAUGCUGCAAUAGUGAAUUAAGAACAGAGUAUUUGUUGAGCCAGAAAUAGCCAAUCCUCUGAACACUCACCUAUCUCAUUUUAGAGACAGCAACCUGCCAAUCAAUAAUUCUAAUUGUGUAGGAAACAGAAUAAUAGUUUGUGAGGUCUGGAAGGCUGUUGUUUAAGUAAGAAGAUUUAGGUACGGCAAACACUUGCUCCCCAAGCUUUCCAAAUUAUUGGAAUGGUUUAAAAUAGAUUAGAGGUAUAUGGUUUGGGAGAUUAAAUACAAUAAAAAUUAAUCUGUUGCCCUACAGCCUUAACCCCUUAAGGACUGAUGACGGUUCAGGACCAUCAUUGGAAAAAUCCCCUUGAGGACCGAGGAGGGUCCUGAACCGUCAUAAUGGUAAUAUUUACUUACCUGAUUGCCGCCGUUCCCCCAGCAGUGAUCGACGUUGCUCCCGGUCUGGGGGGACUGCCUGACAGCCCAGGCAGUCCCUCCUCGGCUAUUAGGAUCCCCCGACCAUGAGAUCGCUCUAACAGAGUGGUCACAUGGCCGCAAUAGGCGUCCGUGAAUCUGCCUGGAGUGGAACUGCCUGUGCUGACAGGCAGUCUCCCUGCAUGUGUAAAAUAAAAAAAUUUUUAAUUGUUAAUUAAUAAAAAAUAUAAGAUUGCAUAUUGAUUGCACACAGACUGAAUAUUUUUGUAUGCAGUCUGUGUGAGUCACAGACAGAGGAGGUGUGGCUAACGCCGCAUAGACAGAAAAAAAGUGUAGAGUGUAGUGAGCAGUGAGAGAUGUUCUACACACCUAAACUACUUAAUAAACCUAAAGUUGUUUUAGUGCCUAUGAGCUGUGGGACAAUAGAUUAUUUUUUAUUGCAUUUAAUCUCCCAAACCAUGAAAUGUAUGUGUCUAUCCAUUUAUGCAUGUUAGUCUGUAGGCCAUGAACAAGACAACAUAAAGAGGAAAGUUCUGUAGUAAUCCAGAUAACUACAUUUUUAAUUUUGAAAUGGCACCAGGCAAAUGAUAACUACUCCUGUAUAAGGAUUGACUGGGACUAAGAGUAAUGCUCAAGAUUUCAAAUUUAUCAGCAUUUAAUUUAAGGUUAGACAGUAGAUCACAUUCACAAAAGGCUUUAAAAAUAUCUGUCAAUGAGAUUUAUGGGUACCUGGCCAUGAGAUCAUAAACAUGAAAUUGUCUUCAUAUGCAGCUAUUUUAUGCUCUCCUCCUCAAAUUGAGAUGCCUGAUAUACCCCAUCCAAUCUAACCGCCUCCAGGAAAUGGUCUAAAAUUAGGGCACACAGGAAUGGGGGCAACGGACAACUCGGGCGUGUUCCAUUGCUGGUUAUGAAAGGAUCCUAUCUCUUGCAGUGGGGGUAGUUUAAAGGGCAGCAAUCCUGUGAUGGGUGUUGGAUUCAAAUCCCAUAUUCUAUGGAGUAAGUUGUAGGGAGGUCCAGUCCGACCAGUCAAAAGCAUUAUUGGCAUUGGUAGAGAGGAGAAGGAAAGGCCAUCUAAAUUCAAAUGCUGAUAUAAAUCUCGGUGGACCAAGUCGAGAAUGACCCGACCAAUGUACAGGGCCAACACUUUAGUAAAAAGUUUUAAAACAGUAAUAAGCAAGGCGAUGUGGGUCGUGAGAGUGUCUCCAGGGAAAUCCUCAUCCUGCAAAAGUGAGUUAAGACCCUGUAUAAGUAUUAUAGCAGCACAAUGAGAGACCAUCAGGACCAGGUGCUUUGUUCACAAGAGAGUUUUAGAUUUAGAUAUUGGAACUCCUCUAUAGUGGGUUGAUCUAAAGAUUCUGCAGUCACUGGUAACACCGUCCUAGGUAUAUUAGAAGAGAUAUAGUCAAUCAUAAGGGUAAUUAAAGAAGGGCUAGGAUUUUGUUUAUGUGAAUUAUGUAGAGUAGGUCAAAAUUCUGCUAAAAUUGAGUCAUAGAGAGCAGUGUCACUUCCCAUGCCUGUUUUUAUUUUGUGAAUAUGGCAGCAUCUCUCUUUUUUCUGUAGGGUGCGGGGUAGAUUCCGGUCACACUUAUUAAAGUGUUUCUUUCAAAUAUCGUCGGGACGAGUAAUUUUUGGGAAAUUAAAUUUAUAGAUCUCUACGUGCAGUGGUUAAUUCUUUAAAGGUGUCAUCUAACGUAUACCGUUUGUGUAAUGCUUUUAGAGUGGUGAUGCAAUCUAUUAGAACAUGAAUUUGCCAAAUAUUUUGAUGCUUACGGUACGAGCAAACAUUUAUAAAAUGGCCUUGGUUUACAAUUAGUGUUUCCCAUAUUGUGAAAUAAGGGCGGAGAUCAAGUGCGCUAAACAUUCUUGAGCCACAAUGAUAAAGUCAAUUCCUGGAUCAUGCUUGGUGUAAAUUGGAAAACAUGAAAAAAUACAAUGCACAGCUUAAUUAAUCAGGUCCACUAGUGCAACCCAUAUUUAUUUGAAUAGCAUGAAGUAAACAGAUGUGUUGGACUCCUUUCUCCAUCUAACAGUAAAUCUUAAAUCAACAAAAUAAUAAAUCAACAAAAUCAACCAAAUAAAAUCAACCAAAUAUAUAGUAAAUUUUAUUUUUUUCCUGUUUUGCUGCUUUAUCUCUCUGCUGGUAGAGCGAUAACGAUUAAAUACUUAUGCUGCCCAAGGUGGAUUUUUUCUGUUUUUUUGGCACUGCAGUGUACACACUCACUAUUCAUUGGUGUAAAUUUGAAUAGAAAGUAUAAUCUUAAGCACCCUCCAGCAGUCAUAUCAAGCAAUCAUAAGAGCCCUUUCCAUACAAUGUAGGGCAUGGGAAGAAAUGGAGCUAACCCCUCCAGAAGUAUCUAAUCUCAUGUACAAAGGGUCAUUAAGGUCUGCAGCUAAUAUCAAUGUGCCUUCUCAAAAAUUUUCUAAUUGGGAGAUAUUCUGGGAUAAAAAAAAUAUAUGUUGCCUCCCAACAUAGAUGGAUGCAAUAGUGUAGUCAUGUCUUCACAAUAGCCCUUUAAUUAUAUUAGUAGCGAGCUGCAGUCCGUGUGGACAAUCGAUAGUGUAUGUGCAAUAAGAAUGGCUACUCCUGUUUUUUUAGCUUCUGUAUUAUUAUUGAAAAAUAUCUGAGGAUAGCAGUUAUUUUGUAGUGAUUGAGCAGUACCUAUCUUAAAAUGAGUUUCUUAUAAGAAGCAGACUGAUAUUCUAUUUGACCAUAAAUCCAUCCAAGUAACCUGGACUUGCACUCUGGGAGGUUUUGACUGUACCAUUUGGGGUUUGAAAAGUAAGCUGUGCCGGGGAGAACUUGUCCAAGAGGAGCUAAAAUAAGAAAAAUAAAAGGAAAAUGUAGAGGUGAGCCAGGGACAAGGAAAAGCUGUUCAAAGGAAAAAACACGAACUAUUGAAAGCCCACGAAACAUGGGUUAUAAGAAGAUAAUCGCAAACAAGUCACAUAUGUCCGAGAUUACCAGUUCAGUGUGCAGUUCUUAUGGACAGCAAGUCAGAUGACUCACUACUGUAAAUUAAACAAUGAUGCAAGAAAUAUAUUAAAUCUAUCAAGCAAUGCUCAUGAAAACUGACCCUAUAAUGCUUAUAAGAAACAGUGUUGGUCAAUAAACACAAAUUAAAGAGAUAACAAAAGAUAGAUCUACAUUAUAUCCUAUGCAUCAUUUACAGGGUAAUAAAUAUGCCUAGAACAUUAAAUAAAGUGGACAUGAUUUUUUAGACUGAAGCUCUUUUACCUUAUAUACCCCAGGAGGGUGAUGAGCCUGACAUUACUUCCCGUUUGUGAGUCUUCUACUUCAACUCCUUUGGGUGUCCACACUUUAUAUAAUAUAUCACGCUAUGUGCUAUUUGUAAUUCCUCUUUCAGAUAUUCAUGCACCUUACUGGAAUUAUACUUAUAUAGUGUUUUCCCAGUUGUAAUUUUAUAUUUAGUGUUUUAUAUGUAUUUGCUGAUCUGCCCUUAUGUGAGUUAAAUUAUCGAUCAAAGAGUCGUCAUGCAGAACUGCAUCAUCGGUGGCAAGUCUGCCAUAUUGUCGUUCUGAUGGGAGUCUCGGGACGCCUGUGGAGUAGAAAGCUUUAUUUUUUUAUUUAUUUUUUUGACAAGGAUAAUUAAGUUUACUCUAACCAAAAUCUGUGUUUUAUUAAAACGCUGUUUUGGUGGUAGUAACCCUUUAAUUUACUUUAUUAUAUCCAUACAAAUAGUUGACAAACAUUUCGGUUCUGAUUGUGUGAGGUAAAGGAAUACAGACAUGUCUACUGCUUUGCAUCUAAAUGACUAUCGUAACCAUAAAUAUACAGUUACUUCUGGAAAUAUUUUGACACUGGCACCAUUUUCAUAAUUGAGACUCUGUAUGCCACCACAAUGGAAUUGAAAUUAAACAACCAAAAUGCAAUUGAAGUGCAGACCUUCAGCUUUAAUUCAAGGGGUUAAACAAAAGUACUGUAUGAAACAUUUAGGAAUUGCAACCAUUUUCAUGCACAGUUCCCUUAUUUCACAGGCUCAAAUGUAAUUGGACAAGUGAAGACAAUCAUAAAUAAGUUAUGUAAUACUUUGUUGAGAAUACUUUGCAGGCAAUGAGUGCUUGAUGUCUGGAACGCAUGACAUCACCAAAUGCUGGGUUUUCCCCUUUGUGAGGGAUUGUCAGACCUUUACUGCAGCGGUCUUCAGUUGUUGUUUGUUCAUGGGUGUUUCUGCCUUAAGCUUUGUCUUCAGCAAGUGAAAUGAAUGCUUCGCUGGGUUGAGAUCAGGUGACUGACUUGGCCAUUGCAGAAUAUUCCACUUCUUUGUCUUAAAAAAACUGCUGGGUUGCUUUUACAUGAUGUUUUGGGUCAUUGUCUAUCUGUAAAGUGAAGUGCCAUCCAAUCGACUUUGCUGAAUUUGGCUGAAUCUGGGUAGACUAUAUAUCCCUAUACACUUCAGAAUUCAUCUGGCUACUUCUGUCUUCUGUCACAUCAUCAAUAAACACUAGUGACCCAGUGCCAUUUGAAGCCAUGCAUAUUCAUGCCAUCACAAGAUAGCUUCCCCUUCCAAUCCCAACUAUAAUUUUAAGGCAGUCUACAGAUUAUUUAAUAAGCGACUCAGAGAGACCUUUGCUUUAAACCUAGCCCUUUGCUUAUAUAAUUAAGAACUAUAUGUAAGCAGACUUAUAUACCAGCGCUGCGGAAUUUGAUGGCGCUUUAAAUACCUAAUUAAAUGCCAGUAAUAAAUACAAGUAAUAAUAUGUAUUUGCACUUAAAACCGCCGGACAUGUGCAGUACUCUGAUUUGAAAAGCAGCCGAGCACAGUUUGAAAAUAUGUCACAGCUUCACAUAUUAUCAUUUGCACUGCUAAAUAUUAUUAUUUUUAUUUUGUUUUUAUUUGUGUGUUUAUCGUUAGCAAAUGAGUAUCAUGGAGGGAGAACCUGGGGAGGCUGAUCACAUAGAAAAUGUAUUACAGCACAGAAAGUUAUUCAGACCUCCAGAAGCUAACAUCACUUUGUAUCCAGAAAGUGACUAAUGUCUCUGCAGAUGCGUUGCAGCUGCCGUGUGCCCUGGCUAUAUCGUUGCCCUGAUUCAUUUUAAAAUAUGACUGUUUUGGUUGGCAGGUGAUGGUCUGUCUCUAAAGCUAAUGCUAAUAAAAAUCAAGUGCUGUUUACAAAAUACACGGUAAGCAAGGGAGAACUACAUUUGGCAUAUUUUUUUUUUGGCAUGUCAGUUUAGAUGAAGAAAGAUGAAGAAAGAUUGAGACGACUUGGCUUUAAGAAUCAGAUGUUCAUAAUGUGAAUUUGAGGCAGACUCGUGCAAUUCAGGAAAUUCUUGCAUCGUAGAUAAAAUGUUUAAGAACUAAAUCCCAUUAUUUCCAAAAGAACAGUAAUGGCAAAAAUUGCACUUGUAUUUAUUCGUUUUUUUAAAGAUUUUUUUCCCUACGGAACUGCAGAUAGAAUGAUUCCACAACAAAGUGAGUCUAAGUAAAACAGUCUAUGUAUGUGUUAGUGAUUUUUGUAGCUAAAACACAAUCUGAUGAGGGGUAAAAUGUGAGGUCCAUCUUGUUACUUUAUACGUAGCCUUGUCUGUUUAUAUUCAUGUAUGCUGUUGCCAUUUAGUAAACUGAGAAAUAUUUGGGAUUGUGUGUUUAUUAUUAAAUGAUUUAAUUGGAUCUUAAUGCUAGGUCAAGCUGCUUUUCAGUUUGUGAUGAUAAACCGCAUCUGCCACAGUCUUGUUCAACCACAAGCUGUAGGUUAUCAACAGCUGAUGUAGUCUGCCUGAAAUUUAGUGUUUUAGUACAUUCUUGUAUUCCUGAUAUUCUCUGCACACAGUGCAGGUUAAUUGUAAAUAGAGUUGUCGCGAACCGUUCACGAACUUCCCGCGAACGGCUGGACGCGGUUCGCCACGAACCGUUCGCGGCGAGCUCCGGUCAGCUGACACAUCCCGGCCAAUCUCCAGCAGACCCUCCCACCUCCUGGACAGCAUCCAUGUUGAAGCUGGGAAGUUCACGAACGGUUCGCGACAUCACUAAUUGUAAACCAUAGAGGUAGCUCAGUGAUUAUUGCUCAAACUGCAAGGGUUGCUCAUGCUGUUCCUACCCAAGAUUGAUAAACCAAGUAUUACUGAGUUGGGUAAAAUAACCAAUCUAUAACCAAUCUGAGAAAAUACUUAAAUAUUAGCUAAACCUAAAUUGAAUUUCUAUUUUUGAAUAGUUUAAUCUUAUAGUUAUGACUUUUGAGUUUCAAGAUUAUCUACAAAGAAAAUGGGUGCAAUUUGUGUAGUCCACAAUUAUUAUUAGUAAUCAUUGUUAAAAUACACUCUAAGAGUAAUUUAAAAAAAGUACUCUUACCCUUCUUAUGGUGCGAAACUAAUCCGUGUGCCCCACCCUCCCCUCCCCCCCACCCUGACCCUCUCCCCUCUGACCGUGGGCCCCCCUGACACAUACAUACAGACACAAACACACACCCCCGACAGACACAUACAUACAUAAAUACACACACACAGACACAUGCAUACACACAUGCAGACACAUACAUACAGAGACACACACAUACAGGCACAUACAUACAUACAAAGAUACAGACACACACACAUACAGAGAUAGACAGAGACACACAAAACAGACACACAAACAUACAUACAUACAGAUACACAUACACACACAUACAUACACACAUAGACACACACACACACAUACAUACACACAUACAGACACACACACACACACAUACAGAGACACAGACACACACAUACAUACACACACACACAUACAGAGACACAUACAUACACACAUACAGAGACACACACACACAAACAUACAGAUACACACACACACACAUGCAGAUACACAUACAUACAGAUACACACACACACACACACACACAUAGAGAGACACAGCCACAUACAUACACACAUACAGAGACACACAUACACAAAAUGUUUCCUUCCUUUUGUGAAUUUCCCUGGGGUCCAGUGGUGGCUCAGCCUGAUGGGAGUUCCCACUCUGACUCCCUCCUUCCUGCUUCCUCCCGCGCGGGCUCUACGUAUGCUGGGAGGAGUGACCGGGGAAUCACUUCCUCCCAGGAGUGAUGUCAUCACAGGGGGCCCGGUCGCGCUGUUAAAGCGCUGACCAAGCCCCCUGACAAUCCAUGUCCAUCGGGUGGCCCUGACAGCAUGGGCCACCCGAUGAACCCCUUAACAUGCAGUCCUGCCGGGGCACCUACAGCGGCCACUCAUCAGAUGGCUACUAAAAGUGUUUCAUGGGGCAGUGCAUGAAUUGAUUCAAUGCAUAUCUAUGAGGAAAUGCUGUUUGACCAGGGAAGCAUUUGGCUCCGCACCCGGCCCCCCACCUUGACUGAGAUCAUCAGAAUUGACAAUCUCAGAGGGACCUUUUAGUGUUAGGAAUAUUUGUUCCUUUACGUUUACUGUGGAGAUUUCCCUUAUAAAACAGUAGGAACACUAACUUCCCAGAAUCCCAGUGAAGGAUACCACACAUUGUUGUUGAUUUUAGUUUAGGGCACCGUUUAUACAGUUACAAUAAAAAAAAGUUACCCACCAAUUGUUUGCACCACGAGAGAAAUUGUGCUGCAACUCUUUAAGAAGCAUAAAUUGUUAUGCGCAAUUUAAUGAUGAUUUGUUUUUCUCCUUUUUAUCAUAAUAUAACUUCUUCUUACCCAUCAUUAGCUAAUAAAAUAAUUUCCCAAAUUAAAAUUAUUUCUACUACUUCACUUGUUAAGCUAUACAUUAAUAACUGUAAGAAUUAAACCGUAUUCCUUAAUUUGCAAUCAACAAAUGUAUAUACCUAACUCUGCUUCGAGAUAUCUAAUAUGUCAGCUUAUAAAUGUCACAAAUACCCGUGCUGCUGUUCCAGUCUGUUGUGCUCAGAAGUCACUUUGAAAGUCUGUGAUAUUUACUAUCGUGGCUCACAUGCUGGCUGCCGAAUGUAGCUGAACUCAGACAGAGGGCUUGUUUUUCAAGCAUAAAUGCUAAGAAAUUAUGAUGUUAGGGAAAUAGCAGGUGUAAGCCUGUUAAUUAUAGCUGCUCUUUGGUGUUUGAAAUAUAAAUAGUCCAAAACAUGCUAAAGUUGUAAGCAUAGAAUAAGAGCAACCCGAUUAAUAAUCUCACACCUAGUGCAGUUGGGUACCCCAUUUUAAAUAUGUUAAGUAAAUUAAAAAGUGGGGUAUUCCUAUUUUUUUUUUUUUCCACACCAUGGGCUGCAGAGUGAAGAGUAAUAUAGAUAACUGGAGGACCUGGAGAUGUCCAAAGUUCUGCUUCCCCAAAGGGUUCGACUCAUAAAGGUUGGGUACCCCUUUCAUUAAUAUCCCCUGAUAAAGGAUCCUAGAGACACCCAUUCUCCUGGUUGCUAUAAAUAUAUUGUGCCAUUAAAAUGGCCAUGGAGACAAUCAUCCUCCUGAGCCUUAUAAAUAUAUUGUAUUAUUAAAAUGGCCCAGGGGAUGCCUAGUCUCUGGGUCCUAUAAGUAUAUAAAGGGCAUAGGAGAUGGCCAGUCUCUUAGACCCUAUUAAUAUAAUAGGCCCAUGAAGGUCCUGAGGGAUCCCCAGUCACUUAGACCUUAUAGGUCUAUCCCAUAGAAGUGUGUAUAGAUAUAUAUACAUAUGCAAUUGUAUGCAGAUGGAAUUGUGUUUUAUAUAUAAAAUGGAUUGCUCACCCCUCCUUGGUGGUAUAUUUAACCCUCAUUCUUGUGCAGAGGCCUGGGAGUCUGAGGGUUCUGCGCAGUAUCUUCCUAGAACUGCACUCUUCUGGACAGCGAUCUCAGAUGUCCCACCUGGAAUCUGUUGAAGCCACUUCCCUAACUUGGGAGUCACAGCCCUGAGUGUGCCCCUAUCAAAACUGGGACUACUACUGCCUUCACUUUAGACAUCCUUUCUAGCUCUUCUUUCAGUCAUUGGUAUUUGUCCAUCUUCUAAUGUUCCUUCUUCCUGAUGUUAUAGUCACUGGGAAUUAGACAGACUACAGAAAACCACACUGUGAAUAUAUCAUUUAUAGUACAUUUAUCUAUGAGGGAUGUGACAUGACGUAUAUCCUCUGUCCGUACUCCCACCUUUAAUGCUAGCCUCCAAGAUUUCUCCAGGGCUGCUCCUCCUCUGUGGAACUUCCUUCCCUUCUCCUUAAGAAUUUCACCCAGUCUCCACUCAUUCAAAAAAUCAUUGAAAACUCACUUCUUCAAGAAAGCAUAUCAAUUAAACUGUUAGCAGGUUUUAUCCGCCACCCCCCCAUGACUCUCUCCUGCAACUGUCAAAAAUGACCUACUAAGUCCUCAGUGAAUACUUUUCUAACAACCUACUUCAUACCCCUACUUUUACCCUUUGUGUCACAAUACCCCACUGCCUCUAGCAUGUAAGCUCAUUGAGCAGGGCCCUCAACCCCUAUUAUCCUGUGCAUCCAACAUGUCUGGUUAGAAUUACAUGUAUGUUAGUCCACCCAUUGUACAGCACUACGGAAUCUGAUGGCGCUAUAUAAAUAAUAAAAUAAUAGUAAUGACAACACUAAAUAUAAUAUUGUCAAUACAUUCACAGGUUGAUGUACUUGACGCCAAACAUUUAAAGCCUUAUACAAUUUUAUUGCUGGCUGGUAUAAAUGUGUGUAAUCACCAGAUAUUUCCCAGUGAUCCACCAUCAAUCUGUGUGUGUGAGGUCAUUAUGGAGAAGAACUUGUUGUUAAGGUUGUUUUCCCAUUUUAUUAUGCCCUCUUGUGUAACACAAAUUACUUAAGAGAACAAACAAACUCUUACAUGGUAUAUGCUACAUCUCUCAAAAAACAUUUUUACUUUGCAGAUCACAUUUCAAACCUUUUACUGACUGAUAAUUAAUAGUCUAACCCAGAAUACUUUCCAAAGAAAAUCAAAUGUACGAAAGUAGUUUGGCCAACUAAUGCUCCUGAAUAGUCUCUUUCAAGACUCUGUCUCUCACACAACUCAUGUAUAUAUUCCAUAACCUGUAAAGAUAGAGAUACCUCAUCAAACCUCUAUAUUGCUGACUAACGCACCUCCCUUGCAUAGAUAAGGACAGGGUUUUCUGAAAUAUGUAUGACAAUCAUGAUUUUAUUAAAGACACAGAGACAGGUAUUGUAUUUCUAUUUUCUUUACUACCCUAAGCAGCAAAGAAAAUAAAUAUUAGUUCCAGAACUUGAAUGCUUAAAGAGAUACUGUAGACACCAAGACCACUUCAGCUCAUUGAAGUGGUCUGAGUGCAAUGGCCCAUGUCCCUUAACCCUGAGCAUGUAAUUAUUGCAGUUUUCAUAAACUGCAAUAAUUACCUGCUAGGGUUUACUCCACCUUUAGUGGUUGUCUACCAGACAGCCACUAGAGGGACUUCUGGGCUCAAAGGCGACUUUUGGUCACUUAAAUGAUGCUGGGCGUCCUCAUGCUAUAGAGGAGGACUUCCAGCGACACCGAAAUCCCCAUAGGAAAGCAUUGAAUAAUGCUUUCCUAUGGGGAAAUCCUAAUGCGAGCGUGGCCAUUGGCGAGGGACAUCGGCGUUGGACCCAGGGAAGUGACAGAAGGGAUUAUUAACCCUUUCUGCACCACGGGGAGGGGCCUUGACAGAGGGGGCAUCCCCUUUAAAUAUUGAAAAGUUUUAUCACACCUGCCUCAAGCCAGUUAAAUCCGGGCUUUUUUUGUGGUCACCUAAAGCAAAAUGCUUCCAACAUAAAGCUUGUAGAUGAAAUUGUAAACGAUUACCGUAAAGCCACAGAGAAACAGAAACCUGAAAAAAUACGGAAAUGUGGUUCAUGUGGAACAGAGUUCUGUGAAAAAGAGAUUGUUUACAUUAGGAAAAUCUGAGAAAUCAAUCUGUAAGAAAAUGUAUUAUGACACAAUAUAAAGCAAUCAAUGAAAUAACCUAAGCGAUCAUAUAGUGCAUGCUAAGAUUACAAAUAAACCAUAAUAUGGACUCUGGACAUAUAAGUAUAAUGGAUGGGUUGAUAAAUGUGCAAACAUCUAAUUUUCUUUAAUAAAAUCAUGACUUUCUGAAAUUUACAAUAAGCUUUCCUUAAAUCGUGAUCAUCUAAUACUAGCAAGAUUUUAUUACAAGAUAUGAAGGAUGUUAUUAUGUUACUUUAACGUCGAUUAAUGUAUAAAUAAUCCAAAUUUCAAGUGGUUUAAAGUAGCUUUCUUGAAGGCUGAACCUGAGUGUGCUCCAUUAUGAACGCUUUUACAUUUAGCCAUUUAAAUCCACAUACCUAGAGGGCGAGAGCCCUGUUGUGGUUCCUGUUUACACUUUUCAUUCUGCUACCCCGGUUAUUGACUCAGCUCCAUUAUCGUGGUUCCUGAUGUUUAGAAUUCCUUGACUCGACUUUAUGUUCGUUGUACUAUAUCUCUUUAUAUCCACAAGGUUGGCCAUGUUUUGGCUUUUCUCUCACCUGUGUCAGGCUCUACGUCCCUUCCCCUCUCUAUAGGUAAUUACAUUAAAGGAAUACUGUGAGCACUAUAGUCAUUUCAUCACAUUGAGUUAGUUAUUCCCUGGCACUAUCCGUUCAUUCAGUGUUAAACCAUUUUCAAGCAGUUAAUCACUAAAAAGGGCCCUGGAUAACCACACCCCAGGUCCCACUAAAGGUAUAGAUGAGGUAUUGGAUGACUUCUUGUCACACAAAUGCUAUGACAAAGCAUAUGUGUCUUCUUAUAUAUCAGGGAGCUCCAGACACUAUAUAAACACUUCAAUGAGAUGAAGCAGUGACAGAAUGGUGAUCGGUGAUAUAUGGCUACUAUUCCUAACUUUUGCCCGCUGAUCUAUUCUCUGUAAUUUAGGGUUAGUCUAUUCUUGACAUCAGUCUGCUGACUUCAUAAAAUCUUCCAGCCUACAACGUGUGGAGAAUGCUUUGCAAUCCAUGACAAGUCAAAUAAUUUGCUCAAUGUAGUUCAAUAUUAAUUUUGUCUGACAGAAGUUUACAUGUCAUAACUGCUGCCCUGACAAUCUCUGGCACCUCAGGUGUAGAUGGCCAACUGCUCCCAAUUUUAAAUCAAUAGAUUGCCUGAUAAUCAGGGUAUUUGAGUUCUCGAUCAUCUGGAGAGGGGAUGGGGGGGGGGUAAAGGGUGGGGGUGAAGGGGGUGGGAAGAGAUGGAAGUCAAGAUAUAUAUUUGGCACAAAUUAAAAGGUGAUUCAAUCCCUGUGUAGAUUGUAAUGUAAGGCAAGCUUGCCUUGCUUGCCCUAACUAAGGUUGGAAAAAGGUAUCUGUCCUGGAAGAUUGUAAAUUAUAUAUAAUUAUGGUUUAUAAAAUUAUAGAACACAUUCCAGUUCAAACUGUAUCACAAACCAUAUAAAAACAUUACAUAGCAACAUGUGUUAUAACGUUGUUAAGGAGUAAAUGUGACAGAAAUAUAGUUUUAUGCUUUUUUCCAGCUAUGAAUUAUAGCAGCAGUAUCAAAGUCAAUAAAAAUUUACACCACAACUUAACCUUUUCUUUCAGGUCUAAUGUGUGCAAUCGAGUUAGCUCAACAAAUCUCCGCAUUUCCUCAGACAUGUAUGCUUGGUGACAGAGCUUCUGCCUACUACAGCAGUUUUGAUGCCUCCAACUUUACAGAUGCAAUGCAAUAUGAAAUGAACCAUGGAUUGCAAGCACUUAAUGAAGAAAUGGUUUCUGGAGCAAAGAGGUUCAGUAAAGGAGAAGGAAGGAAAGGAAGUAAAUUAUAA